AGUCCCGAGGAGAGAGGCGAGCGGAGAGCGGCGCACCCUCGCCGCUGCUCCCCGCGCGCCUUGGCGUCGGGCAGGCUUGGCGACGCGGAGCACUGAGGGAGGCCGCGUCUGCAGCUCCCUCGCCGGCCGCUAGCUGUCGCGCUGGCUCCGGUCUGCGCGGCUGCUCGCGCUCGGCAGAGCUCUCUCCUGCUGCUGCCUCCGUCGCGCUCGCUCCCCAUUUGGCGAGCGGAGUCGGCCCAGCAGCAUCCGGAGUCGCACCGCGGCGCAGCAAAGGAAGUAGCGCGGCAGCGGCGGUGAGGAGCGAACCCCCGGGGAGCAGCCAUGUUGGCUGGCGGGAUGCCGUGACUCUCCUGCGCCGGGAAGGGAAGGCGCCCGCGGAGGCCCUCCCGCGGCACCAGGCAGCGCAGCGAACAGGAAGCGGCUCCUGGGCGGCGGCGGCGGCGGCGUUGGCAUUGGUGGGCGGGGGGCUCGGCUACCGAGAAGGAGGCGGCGGCUGCGGCGUGCCCAGAAGGAGGGAGCCGAGGGCAGGGCGAGAGCCGCCCCCAAGUCCCGGAGCGGCAGAGACCCGCUGCUGCUGCUGCUGCUUCUGGUGAGUUGGGGGCGCUCCUCAUUGUCUCCGGUGCGCGCGGGUCAAGGGCCUGGCCGGGAGAUCAGGGCGGUGGGGAGGCGCCGCGGAGGUGUGGGGCGAUGGGGUGAGCAGAUCUCGGCCGGGGGCGGGGGGGGGGGGAAGCCCGCCUGGUGGCGAAGAGCAAGCCCCUGUUUAUCCCCCAGAUCCCUCGACUGUCUCUCAUCCGAUCCAAAACACCUACGUCUAGAUGCGGAAGGGGGACUUGGGAUCUGUGACUUUCUGCCUCUUUGCCUCCACCCCCUCCAGGAUGGACAGGGAGAGAGGGAUAAAGUCCGGACUGCGACUGCGUGGGAGGGAUGGGACGUGGUGGCGAUGUUUUGGGCUCGCCCUGACUCCCCUACCGUGCACUCCGAUCUCCCAGGAGGGGUUUCAGGCUUCGGAUUCUCUCUCUCUCCCACCCACCCGAUCCCGUGUUCUCCUGCAUUUCCGGGCUGCGCAUCUUAUCUGUCAAGGACUCCCCCAGAGGGGGCUUGGGGGCUUUUGGUGGCGCGCGGCUUUCUGGUGUCGGUGUCAGCUGUGAAAAGCUGUGCAGAUAAAGGCAGGAGGGGGUUAUCACGACACGGAAGGAUUAAGCAUUGCUCUCUUCUUUGUGAGUGUUGCGGGGGGGGGGGAGGCCGCUGGAAAAGGAGGAGGGAAAAGGUCUGGGUUUUUGUUUGUUUUUAUAGUCUGCCCCCUUUGCUUAGGCCCCGUGAACAAAAUGGGAUGGAUGCCCUGAUACUGUGCAUUUCCUGAGAUCCAACUCUCAGGAUGGUCGCGGUGUUUGUUUCAUGACCAUUGCUCUAUAUAUGAUCUCCUGCAGCAGUGGCACAUUCUGUCAUUUUCUUAACAUUCCUCGGGUUCCUCGCCCUUUCCCCCCUUUCUCUCUGUCUCCUCCCACUUCUGUCCCGGAGCGCUUUUUAAAUGACAGGAUAUACGAAACACUUACUGACCCUGAACCUCGGUGACCUCACUCUAGCCAGCAAUCCCCCCUUCCUCUCCAGGAUCUGUAAUGUCACAUAUUCAGUGUGAGUAAAAUAGCCUGUUCUGCAAGAACAGUGGAGCCUACUUGGUAUGAAUCACCAUUUGAGAUUAUGUAGAAAACAUCACACUGUAGGGUUUUUAGAAACGGAUUAGCUUCUUUCUGCUCUUUGGCUGGCCUUGAGCGCCUGCUUAUUCUUUUUUUUGCAACAGUUUGGGUAGCAGCAGAGAAUGUUCAAGUUCUUUAAAACUCAGUUGGCGUCUUGUUUAUAUCAGCUGUAUGCCAGCGUUCUAAAGACCUUAAGUAUAAAGUAAGGGAGAAACUAGAGCCAGAUAUUUCUAUUCAGAAUUCUUUCUCCUUAUUUGUGUAGUGCACUCAAACUAAAAUGAAAGUGUGAGUAUGUGUAUGCGAAUGUGAACAUAUGCUUGUGCAUAUUUGAAUGCAUAUAUCUGGAAUUAUGCAUAGAUUGCAUUCCACUGUUGUAAUGAAUGUAUAAUGGAUUGAUCUGCUGUUCCUUAAAAUGGAAAGUUAAGUGCUUUUUAAAUGGGUUGUAAUCCUUAGCUUUGAGUUGAUUUUGUUCCUUGGUAUGUUUGCCGUCUUAAAAGGGGCAGUUCUAAAUUUAAUUUCUGUUGUACUGGUGAUAUUAUGAUAAAGUGGGAAGAGACUGGGAAUUUCCUUCCUAUUUUAUUAAGGCAACAGAUACUACCCAGUGAUAUGGAUAAAAAUAAACUUGUUCACAGCAGAUGUUUUUUAAGGGCAUACCUAAAAAAGUGUGGUAAGUAAGUAUAACAUAAGGGUUUGCUAAUUAGGAAGCUGCGAUUGGCUGGCCAGCUGCAACACCCCAUUGAGUAUACACCCCUAUAGGCAAUCCCAAGUUCACUUAAAUAACAAAAUUAUGUGAGUGUAACAAGCUUAGUACCUGAACUUCUUGGCUGAACAGAAACCUGAACUUGCCUUCUGCGUGUCAAAGCUGCACCUUCUAUUCACUGCAGCAUGCUGGCCCCCUGCCAUGCUGUAUUUCAGUUUAGCUGCAGUAUGAAACUUGCAAAAGAUUUUGGGCUAGAUGACCGAAGAACCUCUCCUUCUGCAAAAGCAGAUUAAUGAUUAAGAACGGCUGAAGAUUCCAAGCUGUCUAGCAAGGCAAGCACAGUGCUUAACCCCAAAUGUGAAAACUGAAUAACUGUCACAACUCUACUACUAGUUCAAGUCCUGCACUUGUUUAGGGUAAAAAUAAGUAAAAAGGUGGAAUGAGGGUGUGGAUUGUUCACUGAUCUUCCAGCACAACCCAAAGCAUGUUUAUUCAGUGAGGCCUACUUCCUAGUAAUUCAUUUGGAUUGCUAUAUUUGUCUGUUCUCUUGAAAUGAGAAAAAGGUUAUGAUGUAUGAGAGGGUGCUAUGGAGAAUAUCACUUUUAUUGAAAUUGAUGGCAAAGAUCCAGACAACAGAGGAUCAGGGACUUAAUAUGUCUCUUCUAGAAGCAAGCAGAUUAGAAUCUUUGGAGUAUCUGACAUCACUUUCAAUAUGAUGGCAAAAGUUAAUGGCUUCGGUUGAAUUGCUUUCUUGCUUGUUUUCACAAAUAUUUCCAUUGAUUUCUGAGUGUUCUAGUACUGGAUUUCUGACUUCAUGGCAGUUAUUGCAUGAUAAUCUUCUGCACGAUCAUUUCUUUGGUGUUACAUGUCUGUUUUUCCAUAAUUGGAAAUACAGUAUGUAUAAAAUACAGUUUCUAUAACUGAAAUACAGUAUGAAGCAUCUGUGAAAAACAGCAAGCAGUGCUCAUGCCUAAGCGUUUCAUAUUUAAAAUUCCUCAGGGGGUAAAAUAAAAGAACCAUUGAGAACCAGAAGAAAUAUUUGCUGUGUUAUUUUUAGAAAAUAGUUUGCCUAUUUUUCCUUCAUUCAAAAUAUGGUAGCCUUGAAUAUUAACAGAGUUUGUGGAUUCACUGAGCAGAUACCUCAACUUCUAAAAUUAUACAGUGAAUUGUAUUUUUGGUCAUUAAUUCACAGUGCAACCCUAUAUAUGUUGACUUAGAAGUAAGCCAAGUAAACAUUGCUAAAUAGAAUGAAAAGUACAUGUGAGCAUACUUUAUAUUUAACAGAUGCUACUUCAUUUUAUGGAAUACCUGGGUCUGCUUUAGAUUUCGACUGAUCUGUACCAUGUGCUGAUAGAUAUAGCAUUAGCUGUCCUUCCAGUUUCCAAAGCCUGCCUGCCUUCUCCAGAGCUUUAAUAUACCGUAAUUGAUCCCUGUUUCCUCUGUGUCCCCUACCUAGCUCUCUCUGUUGGUGUGAACUUCUGUCUUCUACUUUCCUUUGGCCUCUUAAAGGAUUCUUGUGUACAUUUGUCAGCUUCCCUUGCAGAUAUGUUAUGUGCCUCGAUAAAUCCAGUAUAGCAUACAUCUUGCUAGGAGGUGGGAUGACCGAUGUCUGGAUAAUGAAAAUAUUGUCGUUUUAUUCUUCUCCCUACAUGGAGAUGCUAGGGAUUGACCCUGGGACUCUAUGCAUGUAAAGCACAUGCUCUAUAGCCUGUCCUCAAAGAAGAAAACUUAGAUUUUAAAUAUUUUGAGAAAAUUGUUUUAUUUUUAUAUUUAGAAAAAUAUUUAUAAAAUGCUAUUUCGUAAAAAAAAAGAGAGAGAGAAAAGAAUCAAAGCAGUUUACAACAAAAACACAAUAAUCUGGCAAAAUAGAAAAGGUCCCAGCAGGCAUUUAAAAGUUAAAGCAGAAAAAAACUUAACAUGUUUAAAAUACUGUAUUAAGAAGAGUGUCCAGUAGUCCAGUACUGUAAUAUACUGUUUUAUGGUGUUUAUUAGAAAGAUAAUAUGGAAUUCUUUCUUCAGUAUGAUCCAUUUAUACUUUAUAUUGUAGUGUUUGUGAUUCUUCAGCGAACCUGGGUGGUAUAGCGGUUAGAGUGUCUGACUAAGAGCUGAGAGACCAGGGUUCGAAUCCCCACUUUGCCAUGAAGCACACUGGGCCAGUUACGGCCUCUAAGCCUAACCUAUCUCACAGGUUUCUUGUGGGAACUACAUGAGGAGGGCCAGGAGGUGGGAUAUUCAAGCAAAGCAAGAAAGCAAGCAAUAAAUGAAUGAAUGAAUGACAAACUUUCGAGCAUUGUGCAGUUUGCCCGAGUAUAUUAUUCAUUUGCAGUGGAGUAUUUGUGCUGUAAUAGCUUUUCAUUGCCCAACAGCAACACAAAUAUGAGAGUAAAAAUGUAAGGAAUAUGAUAGUACCCAUUUAGAAUCUGAUAAGGGAAAAGAAAAACUACAUUGUUAUUUCUAACUUGAGAGACCAAUAUGGCUCUGCUCUGUAGUUCUGGCAUAAAAAGGAAUCAAAGCAACUAUAAGAAGUAUAUACAUGUGGAAUUAUGGUUGCUAUACUUAAUUGGGCCUAAAAUCCAUGCAAUUACUAUUUUAUUGGAGGAUUAAAAAAAAAACAUGGUUUUUAAAUUGUUUCUGAACCUUUAACGAGAUGGCGGAUUAAUGAUUGGGGUUCGUUCUAGACCAGCACCUGUUUGCGUUGCCUUUAAGAUUGCUAAUUUGUAGGAAUUACGGUACAUAAUUUUGCUUUUCCGCUUCUUAGUUAAAUUAACUGGAAUAUAUAACUCUGCUUCUUAAUAUACAGUGGUACUUCAGUUUAAGAACAGUCCUGUUUAUGAACAAUUCGGUUUCAAACUCCGCAAACCAGAAGUAGUGUCCCGGUUUGUGAACAGAAUCCGAACAGUGGAAGGGCACUGCUGGCAGGAGGCCUCAUUAGGGGAAGCAUGCCUUGGUUUAAGAACGGUUUUGGUUUAAGAAUGGACUUCGUUAACGGAUUAAGUUUGUAAACCGAGGUACCACUGUAUAUUGCUGCUGAAUAUGUUUUAUGAUUAGUUAUGAUUACAUACUUGUAGUUGUUUAUAAAGCAGAAGAACUGUUUCUAGGUAGGAGUUGAUGAUGGUUAUAUAUUUCAAUUUUGUCAGUGAAAGAUUUUGAGGUGAUUCUUGUAUUUGUUUUGUCCAGCCCAGAUUUUUAGUCACCAAAUUACAGAGCUUCAGUCAUUUCCUUUAAAUUUUUGUUCACUGGCAGCACAGGUUUUCUUAAUCUAGACACACCCUGAAUUUCCUUUAUGAACGAAUCCACUUUUCAAACAUUUUUUUCUGUAUAUGUUUCCCCCACAAAUAUAUUUUUCCAGUACAAUAUGUUCUGCUUUGCGCUUAGAACCUAUGUAAUGCUCUUUGUUUGGAUAUAAAUCACACAACGCUCUCAUAUAAUAAGUAUUAUGAGAUAAAAUGGUUAAUCAAGCCCAUUGUAACAUCAUAAUAGCUAGCUUAACACUUUAGAAAGCACUGAGUUAUGCUGCAAAUUAUUUCCUAUGCUAUGUAUGUAUGUUUGUUGCUCUGUAAUGGAUUUUCCAAAUUGGAAGCCACCUCAUUUCUUAGCAACAUGCACUUUGCUUAGCAAGAGUAGAAGUGGACAGCCUAUUGACACAGAGAAAAUCCCUCAGUUAAUUGAAACAAACAACAUGUGAAAGGGGCCUGGCUGGGAGAGGACAGAGCUUGAUAAAGGCUGUUUUGAGGAUGAAGCAUCUUUUCAGAACUGUUUCGUUUUUCUGUUUUACGAGCUGAUUUCCUAAGGUUGUUGUACAUCUUGCUACUUUUAUCCAUUUAUUUGCAUCUUGCCAUUCCUCCCAAAGAGUUUCGGGUGUUAUUAUUGUUAUUAAUUAUUAUUAUUAUUAUUAUUAUUUAAAUAUCUACACCUCCCUAUACCAAUAGAUCUCAGGGUGGUUCACAACAUAAGAUUACAAUAUUAAAAAAACACAAACUACAUAAUAAAAAUAAGAACAAAGACAACCCAAUAAUCCCCCCUUUCACAAUACAAUGGUACCUCAGGUUACAUAUGCUUCAGGUUACAUACGCUUCAGAUUACAGACUCCGCUAACCCAGAAAUAGUGCUUCAGGUUAAGAACUUUGCUUCAGGAUGAGAACAGAAAUUGUGCUCCAGCGGGGUGGCGACAGCAGGAGGCCCCAUUAGCUAAAGUGGUGCUUCAGGUUAAGAACAGUUUCAGGUUAAGUACAGACCUCCAGAACGAAUUAAGUACUUAACCUGAGGUACCACUGUACAUUUAAAAGGGCAUUGGAUGUCCAUCAGCCAAAAGCCUGGUUAAGGAGGAAUGUUUUCGCCUGGCACCUAAAGGUGUCUAAUGAAGGCACCAGCCAAACCUCCUUGGGGAGAGUGUUCCACAAAUGGGGAGCCACUGCAAAAAAGGCCCAUUCUCAUGUUGCCACCCUCUGGACCUCUCGCGGAGGACGUACCCAAAUAAGGGUCUCAGAUGGUGAUCUCAGGGUCUGGAUAAUCUGCCUAGGCUAGGCUUCCCCAACCUGGUGUCCGCAACAUGGUUUGGACCACAACUUGUUCCUGUUCAUUGACUAUAUUGGCUGGGGCCGAAAGAAGUUGUAGUCCAGGCUGGUGUAGGGUUUUGCAGUUUUAUUCCAUGAGUACAGGAGCCCUGGAGGUAACUUAACAAAAAAUCCUUCCAAACCAUGGUUGGCAAUCUGGGAGCCAGCUUUGGGAAUGCACACGCCCUACCCACUCUGGCACAACUUGCUCCUGUCCUUUUCUUGCCAGUCAUAGUAGCAGUUUGUUCAUUUGUUGCUGAAGUGAGCACAUUUAUUACAGUUAUAUGGUGCCUUUCCUUCAAGGAGGUCAGUGCUACUACACCUGCACUGGUGCAAGCCAUGCCAGUGGACUGUAGGGAGACUUCCAACACCUUUGCCUCCCCUAAUGCCUCCUGCAUCUUCCAUCAAAGCCAGAAGCUGUGAGUAAGGUCAGCAGCAGUCCAUGGAGGAAGCCCUAGUCUGCAAGGACUUAACAUCUGUCUUCUUUGAAAGCUAUUUCCAAUCUAGGAAAUUCAACUGCAGAGUGAUAGAUAGAUAGAUAGAUAGAUAUAGAUAUAUAUAUAUAUAAGUAUACAGCUUUGCCCUUGCCAGUAUUUCUUUGUCUUUUUUAUUGUAUUUUAAAUAUAAACAUGUUCUGACAACUUUAGCAUGUAUGCAGAGUAUUUAUUUACUUAUUUUAUUAAAUUUGUAUAACACCCUUCAUCCGAAGAUCUCAAGGCAGUUCACAGCACAAAAAUACAAAAAAAUUACAUAGUAAGAACAAGAACAACCCCCCUCCAUAACUCCCAUAAUUCAUAAUUUUGAAUACUCCAAAUAAAUAUACAAAUAACUAAUGGUUGGUAUUAUUUUCUAACCUUUUAUUAAGAUGGAAUCUGGUGUUUGUUUGUUUUUAUUUAUAACAUAUACACCACCCACUUUUAUAUUUUUUAAUGUUUUAUAAACAUAUAAAAAUAUAUACUAUGGAUCUGUACAAUACAAUUAUUAAAACAUCAUAAAAUAUAGAAAAUUCAUUCAGUAAGUGAAUAACACUCUGUCCAAUUAAAGUGUUGGACAUGAGUAGGAUGUGUGCUUUUAUUUAAAAUGCAUCUGGGUUAUUUGUGGGGCACAGGAAUUCUUUCACCCCCCCCCAAAAAAAACAUAGUCCGGCCCCCCGCAAGGCCUGAGGGACAGUGGACCGGCCCCCUGCUGAAAAAGUUUGCUGACCCCUGGUAUAGCCUAUUGAAUUCAAUGGUGCUGACUUCCUGGUUAGCUUACAGCAGCCUCAGGCUGUAUUCAGACGUGGCUAUUACUGUGUUAGUUUUCCUGGUUAUGCUAACACUGCUGUCCUAAUUUCUAACAUUCUAUUUACACCACAGCACUUGUUGUGUUAAUGGAUCUGUGCCUUUUUUUAUCUAUAUACCAUUACAUUUUAAGCAGCUGGAAAGAACUGUAUGCUGGAACACCGACCCAAAUUUUGCCACAUGAAAUUACAAUGCAAAACUCCUAUUAGAAAAUAACAGGAUUUCAAAUGGAUUUGAAGAAGAAGUUAACAUGAAAGUUGGUGCUAGACUUUUGCUAGAUUCCACUGGACUUCCAGAAGUGAUUUUUAUGUCAUGUGAAAGAACACAGAAAAGGUGGAAAUUAACAAGCAAAACAGGGUUGGGAAAACGGAACAAAGCACUGUCUGAAUGCAGCCAUAGUCUUGAUUUUAGGUGUCCCGGGUCUAACACUUCCUGGAUAUACUGUACCAAAUUGUCUGCCUUUUCAAAAUGGCAAAAAUUUUGCAGUUCCUUUUUACACUCGUCUAUAGUUAACAUUACAGUACUGCUUAUUCAUUGUGUCAUGUUGAUUGUCUAGUCCCACAAUUAGGUUCUAAGUCUAAUCCAUGCAAACUGUGCAGUCACUCCUUUCUUUCUGUCUGUCUUUCUUUGCUGUGUGUUUGUGUGUGUGUUUGUAAAGUUAAUGAGAGUCACCUCCUGCUGUGAGUCAGCAGGAAUGUGGAAUUUAUUCCAGAGUUCAACAGGGAUCAAGUUGUGAAUCCUGAUGCUCUGUUACAGUGCUAGUUUCCUAGUCUUCCAGAUAAAUACCAAAGAUGAGAAUUAUGCUCAUCUUGGCACUCAUCAAUGUCUCCCGCUCUAAGAAUGCAUUGAUAAUUUUAAGGUACCUUCUGUCUCUAUUCUGCUCCUGUUCAUGGUCACGUAAGGGUGUUGUAUCUUAGUCGAAGCACAUUUGCGUUGAUGUGAAAACUUGCUAUAGUCUUUCUUUGAAAAAGCUUUCCCCUACAUCCUGUUGGCAUCAACCUCUGUUCCCUUUCCUAAGGAAGUUAGGAAAAUGACUAUCUAUUUGAGUUUUCAAUUAAAUGAAGGGUGAACCCUUUAAAAACAACAGGUCAACACCAUUAAGACUAUGCAACAUGAUUAAAUAAGCUACCAUUAAAUAGGAAAUUGGAGGUUUGUGUUUGCUGACGGGCCUCAAGCCAUUUUCCUGGCAUCAUCAGCUAUGGGAGGUUUUUAUUUAGGUGAGGGUGUAGACUAGACUUUGGCCCCAAAGGGCCAGGGGCGUACGAAGGGGUGCGCGGGGUGUGUGGUCUGCCCCAGGUGCCACUCUGAUGGGGUGGGUGACAAAAUGGCGGACGGCACUCAUCUCCAUGGGGCCUGCAGCACGCAUGAGCCAUGCGUCUCAGCAACUGCAGGCUCCGUGCUGUCCGCCCACUGCUUCCCCCCCCCCCCGUUGCCCCGCCGUGCCGCACACCUCGUCCCUAUGGGGGCCACGGCCACGUCUUGUUCCUAUGGGUGCCACGUCUCUUCUCUAUAGGGACGGGGUGCGCCACAGCGCCCAUAGGGAUGGCACGGGACGCCAAGCACCCUGUUCCGUCCCUAUGGGUAGUUCACCCUGCCCCUGGGCACUCCGCCCCAGGUGCCCAAGAGACUUCUGCCACUGCAAAGGGCCAGUGGGGGAAUGGGACCUUUUUCAGCCUGAAUGCUACUUUUCCUUCUAGGCAAACUUCUGGGGGUCACAUGCACAUGCCUCCGUAUGGUAGACUUGUCUCUACACACAUCCCUCUCUGCCCUCCAUCCAGCCAAGCCAGAAGCAUCAUCAGAAUUCCAGGACACAUUCUAACCAAGAAGAACAGCCAAGGAGGACUGGCGAGGGCAGUGGCUGGAAAGUGAGUGUGGCUGGGGGAGAGUCCCAAGGGCCACAUAGAGGCCUAGGGGGCUACAUUUGCCUCCCAGACAUGAUGUUCCCCAUCAGUGUUGCCAGUUGCUUUCUCAGGAGCACCCCUUUGCGACCAAGUUGAGAUCUCCUCUUGCUGGGUGGGAGAACCUAGGGCAGCUUCAUGUGUGACUAUCUCCUUCAGGAAGCCUUUUGAUGUGCUAAGAGUCAGAGGGAACCUUUCCAUUGUUCUACAAUUUGCAUAAGCAAGCAAGCAAGCAAAAGAAGCUAUUUCACACAGUUAAAUGGAUUGCUUCUCUCCUGCGGGUGGGCAAUCAGAAAGGGAGAUCUAGCUGAUUUUCACCCCUCUUCUUAAAGCUCAAACUUUGCAAGUAGAAACACACAUUUCCUCAGUGAGAGCCAGUGUAGUGUAGUGUAGUGUAGUGGCUAGAGGCCUGAAGCGAGAUGAGUGCCGCACCCCAUAUUAGCUUUUGACCGGACUUUUACCUUACCUUUACCUAGUACUAGGACCUGGGAGACCCAGGGUUCAAAUCCCUACUCAGCCAUGAAGUUCAGUAGGUGUUACUGUCCUAUACAUGCUUAAAUUUAAGUCCCACUGUGCUCUCUGUAUCACCUGUUUUGCUAUGGCUGGUUGCAUCCCUCCCAAUACCACAAAUUGCAAUUGUAUGGUUUUAUGUUUUUAUUGCUGUAAAUCGGUUUGAUUUUUUUUAAAAAAAAGAUAUAGCAGUAUACAAAUAUUUAUAAAUAAAUUAGCAAACCUUGUAUAGCUGUUUGAGGAAGGUUCAGCCUAUAGAAUUUAUUUUACAUAAUUUUGGUCCUGAGGGACUCCUAAGCCAGCUUUGAAAUAAAUACAAGAAGAAAUGCAGAAAAACACCAUCAUCAUAUGAAAACAGUAUAGCAUCAGCAGUACCCAAAAACAUUUUAAAGAGGGAGGUUGUAAAUGCUUACUGAAAGGCUGUGACCAAACCAGGGAGGCCUGCCUCGGGCAAGAAUUCCAUAAUUGCUGUGCGACACUGAAAAACCGUAGUGUGUUGUGUAUUCCUGACUCAUUUUAAAGGCAGGUAACAUGGAGCAGGGCAUCAGAUGUUGACCAGACUGCAGGUAGAAGCAAACAUGAGAUCAACUGGUGCUUCAGAUAUUUUUACCCAAACCCAUUUAGGUCUUUGGAUGGUCGCCAGUGGAGUUGAUAUAAUAUAGAAGUUACAAUGCUCUGUGCAGCAAAUUCCUCUUGGAAGUUUGGGCAUUGUAUUUUGGACCAGUUGUUGUUUCCAAACACUUUUCAAGGGCAGUCCUACAAGGAGUGCAUUACUGCAGCCUAACCAUAGUGUUUUCACAGUAGGGAUAAGUGUGGUCAUUCUUGUAGCAGAGCUGGUGUUGAGCAGAGGUGGGAAACCUAUGUAUGCAUUGCAAUUCCCAUUGUUCUUCACCAUUGGCCAUGCUGGGUUGGGCUGAUGGGAGUUUUGGUCCAACAAAAUUUGGGGGCUACGUGUUCCCCACCCCUGGUAACUACCAAGACCUCUAUUCACUCAUCACCAGUGAAUGGACAUUUUAUAGAGAAUUUUGAUCAAUUACCCUGUUAUAAUAACCCUGUUAAGUUCCCUUGGAAAUCUGUGGCACAAUGCCUCUAUACAGUAGUUUGUUUGUUUAUUAAAAUCUAUACCGCUCUUCAUUUGAGGAUCACAGGGCAGUUUACAGAAUAAAAACACAAAAAUACAUAACAUGGUAACUAGCAAAAUCAAAACCCUUCAAAGUUUAAAAGGCCAUAGAUUGUUUAAUAAGCCAAAGGCUAAUUAAGCCUGAAGUUCUUGCCCUACGCUUGACUGCAGGCAUAAGCCAUUCUUUCAGCAGGCAACUUUGGGGAAAGGGGGUACAGGAACCGAAAUAAGCAAGGCAAGUCACCCAACGAAGAAUCUCUUUUCCUCAGAGAAUCUCUGAAGAACCUGAAGGAAGCUGAUUGCUGCCCCCCCCAAGUUAUUCUUUAUUUUAUUUUUAUAAUUUUUUCCCUAUAUUUUUAAAGAAAGGGCUCCUGUCAUUUGAAUCCCAGCCCUUCAGUGGCAUGAGAGCAUUUGUGCACUUCAUGUCCUCAGAAGCAAGACCAGGGUCAUAAGUUUCUUAGGAGCUUUGUUCUUUGUAGAACUGAUUAGGUGUUUAAGAAUGUAGUUAAGAUUGUUGGAUUUAAAAUUUCAAAGUCCACAUUAUGAAACAUUUAAUGAAGCAGGCUGUAACAUUAUUGAGCAAAUUGCCGUGAUUGACUAUCACCCCUCAUUAAUGGUAUUACUGUUGCUAGCAAAGACAAGCGGGGAGGGGGGGGCAAAGGACUGGACAGAGUGGGUUAAAUUUCUUGUUUGUUUAGUGUAGAUGUCAUUUACUUCCGCUAGAUUUUUGGAAGGUAACAGUCAUUAUUAAGUUGCAUAAAUGUAGGGCCUUCCAUAUGAGUUAACUGGGUUUUUUUGUAUUUCUACUGAAGAUUUUCUUGAUUUACAGAAGUAUGUGUAAUGUCUCUCUCUUGCAUUUUUUCCAUGCAACAUUUUUACAAAUCAGUUUCAUUUGUUGAGACAUUAGGAAGAAAAGGUAGAGGGCGGGGGAAGAUGGGUGGGGUGGGUGGCGAUGUUUCUAUUUUGCUUAAUGUAUGUAGGGUUUGGUGUCAGCGUUGCUCAUGCAGGUUCUCUGCUGUUCACUUGUGUUCCUUUGGUGGUGAGAGAGGUUGGAGUUGGCCUAGGGUGUGGUUGUUUGUUUGUGAUUGGCUGUGGUGAUCUUUGUUUUCAUGUGUGAGUGGGGUGUGUGUGUUUUGGAUCAGGUUAGCCAUAUUGAUUUGUAUGCUGUUGGUGGAUUUUUGUCAUUGUCUUGUUGGGCUGUGUAUGUGAUAAAGGGGAGCUAUACCGGCAAAGGCGUCUUCUUCUGUUUGUCCCCGUGCCAGUUUCAGUUUAUUGGUUAAUUUUUCUAGUAAGGCUGUUUCCCAUACUAUUUGGUACCAUUGGUCCAGGCUUACUCCUGACAGGUCUCUCCAGUGUCUGGUUAUGGUGUUUCUGGCUGCUGAAAUUAGGUGGGUUAUGAGUUCUUUGUGGUGUAAAUGGGCAUUGUUGUCUUGGAAGAUGUUUAGUAGAGCCAAUUCUGGGAUGAUUUCUAAUACUUGCUUAGUUAUUUUUCAUAUUUCUCGUAUGGCUGUAAUAUGAGUUAACUAGUUAAUUGGUGCAUUGACUUCCUUUGCUAAGCACGUAGUUCUGACAGUUGUCUUGAAGAUCUGUUUGUUUUUGUUUGUUUUAUUUGGGGAGGGGAGGCAGAAAACACUAUACAAAUUUUACUAAGCUUUUUGGAAUCUCUAACCAGUUGCAAAGAAUGAAAAGAUUAAACAGCUUCACCCAAAAGAUGUCUUGUGGAAAUCAGAAGAAGCUUAUUUUGGUAGAAUUACAGUAGAAGACAAUUACAGUUUGGAUUAUAUGACUGACUGAAAAUAGUGCAUCACAAAGAAGUGUAACUUUUCCUUCACAUAUACUGCAGCACAUGCAAGAAGUAAAACGAUUUCAUGGCACGCUUCCCAUGCUCACUUAAUGCACACUGGGCUUGUUACAAAUUCAUGUCAGGAGUAUCAGCAUAUGAUUUAUGUUGUGUAAAUCAUAAAUACUUUAUUCAGUAUUUUCACUGCUCAUUUAACAGAAUCUUCUGGCAGUACUUGAGAGGGAAACCAAUCCCCUGAAGAACUUGCUGCUAUCGUCAGCAGUAUCUCCUCAUUAAUGCCGUCUGCAGUCAGGGCUGCACUUUGUCUGCUUGCUUUUGAAAUAAUGUUUUACAUGAUGAAUAAAGAAGCCUCUGUUUAUGUUGUUUCCAAGUAUCAGGCUUUUGUGAGAAAGUGAACAAGGGUGGCAUGUAAAUACGAUUAGGCUACUAUAACAUUUGUGAACUAUUUAGCAAAGCUAUUUUUCUGUUUCAAAACAGUGUUGUUAUAAACUUGAAUGCUUGCAAAUAGGGGAUAUGGUGUGUCUUGAGCUUAAUAUGCAUGCAUGAACUUUAAUACUAUUCAUUCACAAGAAAAAAUAAUAACCCUCAGUUAAAAGCAAUGGCGUAAGGUUAGGAUGAUUUUAAGACAAGGAAUGAAAAUCUGAACAAUUCUAGUCUUCUGUAGAAACUAGGGUAACCUUAAUUCUGUGCUUCAGCUUUUGGCAGUAAAAGGAAAGAGAUUGCGUUCUAUUAACUGUUUAUUUCAUGUGCUACUUGGGUGCCCAAUCAGUUUCUGAAGUGUCUUGAUUUAUUUAUUUUCAUCACGCCAUAUGACUGGGCUGGCAAAAUUAUCAUGCUGAUUGUUCAGAAUACAACAACAAUAACAACAACAACAACAACAACAUGUUUUUAAUAGCUUGUCAUAAUUACACAUUUUAAUGGUUAAGAGUUCUUUUCAUUCUCUAUAGUUUUCAAGUGUUAGGGACUAAUGAUAUAAAAUCAUUAGUAUUUCUAGGGAAAAGUAUUUUCAUUUACAUCAGCUGUUGCCAACCUGAUGUCCUCAAAGUGUUUUGGACUUCAAUUUCUAUCAUGAUUGUGCACCACCAGGUUGGCAAAGGCUGAUUUACAUUAAGAUUUCUCUUUCCAAUGUACUGGAGCAUUCUUUUAGCUGAGAUUCAUUGACUUUUAGUCUCUUCCACCCUGUUUAUACAGUCCUCCCCCCCCCCCCCCCCCGGCUACCACUUCUUUCCAAAUAUGACCCAGUUUCUGUCUUUUCUGCAAUUUGCUUAAUCCCUAAAUGUCCUUUAGGGAAACUGAUGUCCUUCACAGGGUAGAAAAUUUUAUCUCAGGCCCUGCAAACAUGCAGAUUGAUACCUAGCUUACGGUGACAGUGUUUACAAAGUCUAGCCAAAGACCACCAUAUUUCUACCAGUGUGCCAUCUUGUGUUUAGUCUAAUCUAGUGUGAGGAAGAACAGCGCAUGUACUCCCUCUGGUUUUUAUUAGUCAGCUGCUAGAGCUUCUGAAUAAUACACCUUGUUAUCUGUAAUAAAUGAUCUAUUUUGUCAAGAUCAAGUACCAUGUACAUGUCAGGGCAGGCAGGAGUCCAAGGGGUGAGCAGAAGAGGCAGGGGGACAGGAGAAUGAUCCAGGGGACGGGGCCAGUGACUUGUGGGGUUCUGCGCCACCUGUGAGGCAGGAACUAGGGUGGAGGAAGAGGAAGAGUCUGGGCAGUCAGAGCUGGGAGGAAAGGAGUGGGGGCAAAGAGUUGCAGGAAGACUCAGAGGGGAAAGAAAUAGUAUCAGAGAGAGUUGGGCCAUUAGAAACUCCUCCAUCCUCUCCAAGAACAAGGAAGGGCUUAAAGUGACAGGAGCAGCUACAGCCGCCGCAUAGGAGAAGUCGCCGAUUGCUUGUGUCUCAGACAAGGCAUUUAAGUGAACUGGAAGGAGAGCGGUCGCUCUGUUGCUCCAACUGUCCUGGUUGGAGCACAAGUCUGAAGAAGCAGAUGCCUAACUAGGCAAUCAACAAGCGCAAGGUGUAUAUCCCUUGCACCUUAGGAUGUCAUCAAGUGUUUUGCCAAUAAAGAAGUACACUUCCAACCACCUGUCCUCAUUGGGGCUGGCUGUGCCCGGGACAGUACAUGAGGCAACAAGUUUCUAAUAUAUGGGUAUUCCUAGUGAUUGAGCUAAAUAACUGGAGGAGUUUGACAGAUAUUAAAUUGAUGGAUAGUCAGAUGAGCAUAUAUAGAAGUUUUGGAUUAAAAACUCUGGCAUUGUUAAAACAUCCUUUUAAAGCGUAGGAGUUGAUAGCAGACUGUUUUGAGUUGCCCUAAAUCAUCAGUAAGGUAAAGGUAAAGGGACCCCUGACCAUUAGGUCCAGUCGCAGACGACUCUGGGGUUGCGGAGCUCAUCUCGCUUUAUUGGCUGAGGGAGCCGGCGUACAGCUUCCGGGUCAUGUGGCCAGCAUGACUAAGCCGCUUCUGGCGAACCAGAGCAGCGCACGGAAAUGCCGUUUACCUUCCUGCUGGAGCGGUACCUAUCUAUCUACUUCCACUUUGAUGUGCUUUCAAACUGCAAGGUGGCAGGAGCUGGGACUGAGCAACGGGAGCUCACCCCGUCGCAGGGAUUCAAACCGCCAACCUUCUGAUCGGCAAGCCCAAGAGGCUCGGUGGUUUAGACCAAAGCACCACCCGCAUCCUUAAAUCAUCAGUACAACAAGGGAAACAUUAAAAGGUCUGGGGAGGGAACAAACUUCAGAGAAUAUUUAAGUGUUCCCUGUCUAGAAAAAGGAAACACUGGUUAGUCAGUAAAUGGGGGGGGGGGAAUAGAGUAUUCUCUAUUGUGUCUGCUUCACCCCUGGAUCCUUGCAUUAAAUAGCCUGUAGUGUGUUGGAACCCAUUUGUCUGAAAAAAUAUCAUACAAUAUCAUACAAUAAGUUUGUUCAAAUAAUUAUUUAGCUUUUUAAAAAAAAAAUAACAAUAACGCAAAUGCUCUCAUAAGUAGGGUGAAUAGUGACACAUUUUGCAGAUAUUUCUGUUUGUAGAAUUACUUCUGCAUGGAAGAAGAUUAUGCUGCUUGCAACUUUUCAAUGUAUAAUGAGACUUUAGUCCAUUGGUUUUGUUGAGUCUCCUCUGAGUAUGUCUUAGAUGGAUAUCAUUCUAACAGUUCAAAUUUUAUUUUCCUCUGUCCUUGGUGGACUGAAAACUUAAGAUAAGCCAGUCUGUCAGAAGCUGGAAGUAUAAAAAUAGAACAACCUUUUGAUUUUUAGCUACAUUUUUGUGGGUGGGUUGUUUUCGUAUAGUUUUCCAGUACAAUGAAACUUGUAUAAUAUACAAACUUGAACUGAAGUUCAAGAAAUAGAGUAGAAAGUGAGGUAAGUAACUGUACAUGGCCAGUUACUUUAGUUGGCCAGCCUUUUCUAUGCAAAUCCAUGUGUGCCAUGCAAGAAGAUAAAAACAAAAAUCUGAUUUGGACCCUUGGUGAGCCUUUGUAAGAACUAUGAGGAAAUUUUUGCCAGUAAAUUCAUAUGUAGAAACUGUUUCAGAAACCCUGGGUGGAACAGUGCAUCUUAGGGGGAGAAGUUGAGAUAAGGGGUGCUAACUUGGAGAGGGGAUGGAGGAAGGAAGAUGUGAGCCAUAAUUUUAGCAUGGUUGAAAUUUUCAUAUCACUUUCUCGUGAUGCGCAUGUAAACCUUUACCUGGGCUGCAUAUUAUUUUACACUGCAAAGUGCCUGUGUAGGGUAGUAAAUAUACCACAUACUGUGAUAAGCGUGUGAAAGUCCUUUGUAUCUAAAAAAACUAGAAAUUUUGACUCUGUACCUGUAAUGGGAAUACAUAGCACAAUAGCGUAUUCUUUUGAUAGGAAAGCAUUUUCACGAUUCUUUAUUGGAAAGAAUAAUUUUGAGUACUACAUCGCACUCAUUCUUGAGUCAUUCUUCAUCAUGCUUUUUCUCUUAUUUAUGUACCAACAUGAGUUUCAUUGUAGGAACAAAGGAAAUAAAAUAAACAAAUAUUUAAAGCUCUUGCAUGUUAUUUGGGAUUACUUGAAUGUGUGGAUUUUUGUUUUCUGCUUGUGCUGGUUCCUCCUGAGUAAAUAAACAAAUAGCUUUGUUUCUUGUAGGGUUCCCUGUGGCUCCACAUGUGCCAGCAAAUGUCAACCUAGGUGAUCAUGUUUUCUAUUUGAACAAUCAGUAAUUUGUUUUGUUGUGUUGAAUCUUGAGGUGUUUAUAUUGUUGAGCUGGCAAAGUGCACAGUAUUAUUCAGCUUGACACCUUUUGCAUUAAGAAGAUACUGUACUUGAAUAAACAGGGCUGUUUUGACUUCCAUCUUCUAAUUUAAUGGAGAAACUUAUAGUAUCCAGCUGAAAAUGAUUAACUCACUUCAAACAUUUUCCCUCUAAGUGUGAUUUCAGAGGACGUCAGUGUGAUUGAUAAGCAUUUGACCACCUUGAUUUUCAUAUUGCUUACAUUUUGUUAAUCCUCCCCUUUCUAACAGGGUUGAUUAGUAAUGGGAGCAUUGACAAAAUUAGUAUGAUGUGUAUUGCUAGACAGAAUUAUGAGGUUACUCUUACGGAUGUCUAUCCAAGCCUCUUGUUUCAGUCAACAUUUUUAGCCUAAUUAUCUACACAUUUUGUGCAAUUUGUGUAGCAAGGCAAUACCUUUGCAUUACCUACUUCUUAUAGCUGAAAUUUGCAAUCUAGGUGACUUUGGCAAUCUCUGUUGUAAACAUUGAUAGCGAAUAUUUGUUUGGCUACCGUAUUUUUCAUAGUUGCAAGAAUAUCCAUGUCCCAUAGGACAAAACCCAGUUGUUUAAAAAUAUACUAUUGAGAUGUUGCAAAGUAGCCUUUUUAUGUUUAUCCAGGAUGGAUAAGUGUUAGAGGCAGGUUUGGAGUGGUUUUUUUGUAUUGAACCCUACUGGAAUCUUGUACAUAUGCUAAGAAAGGUUUGAGAAUCAGAAUGUUAUUGAGAGGCCUUAUAUUUUUAACAGAGUUCAAAAAAGAGCUGCCUUUUAAAAAGGGAGCUGCUUUGAAUAAUGCAUCUAUAUUUAUUUUACUUUGUAAUAUCCAUAAUGAAUUUUUUUUAAGCCUUACACUGAGCAGAAUGAUGUAAGUGGUAAGUGAAGACAUUCUGUAAAUGGUACAGUCAGAUUACAUCAGUGACUAACAACUAUAGAAAGCCCUCAUUCUGUUCAAGUUCACUGAAUUUGUCUCAUGUUAGCCACCUGCAUAUGAAUGAAAACAUUUAUCUACAGUGUAGCUGCUGGAAAGUUUAGAAAUGAUUAUAGUCAGUGUGGUAGGAAUGAGCUGAGCAGAUAAGCAGCUUUUGCUGCAGCAGAUAUACUGUAUCUGAAUCUUGCUGUUAGGAUUGCUUUUCAGAUCUGUGUAUAUGAAUGCUAUAGUUUUAAAGGUACCGGUAUUUCUGUAUUUGGAAAGUCCAGUAUUUGUAAGCCAGAAAUGAUUGCCACGUUCGUGUUCAAAGGACAUGUAUUUUUGCAGGGUUAGACUUUAUUGAUAGUCAUAUAACCCAAAGUACUGUAGCUAAAAAGAAACAGCAGUACUAUGCAUCUUUUAUUCAUUAGAAAUCUGUAAUAUGUGUGUACAUUGCUGUGAAUGUCCAAAAUAUGGUGAACUGUGACGUUUUCAAGUAUGAGUCCUGACAAUUCCAGAUGGCUAAUGUUGACAGUGAUCUAAAUUUAAUUUGCCAACUUGUGUAUAUCCAAAACAGCAGUUGGGGCGCUGUCAGUAUUUCAUAGAUUCACUUGGACAUUCACACAAACCAGUUGGGAUUGUCAGAAUUCACAUGUGGAAGUCAAUGUUCACUGUGAUGUAGUAUUUGUACGCAAGAGUAAACCAACGCAAAACAAGAUAAAAUGGUUCUCCUGCAGAACAAGUUAAUAGAAAACUGAGUGGUAAAGAAUAAUAAGCACUUCUAUGGAUCUUUAAAGAAAUGCCUCUGUUGGAUUUGUUUCAGAUUUGCAUUGAAUCUGGGAAGCAGUAAGUAGAUACCAGAGGAAAAUGUGCCGUAAUGUGUAGGUUCUCUUUGAGCAAAUCAGUUUUGCAACUAAUUGCCUUUACAUUUAAGUUAUUGUGAAUACAAGUAGAUUUCAAAUUGCAGCUUUUUACCAAGCUGUGAAGUCUUGGAGCCAGAGCUUUAAAUGAGCCCUUAUGCUGUCCUAAAACUCAAUCUGCCUUUGGUGACUAGCCAAUGUAAAGUUUGCAGAGUAGGCAUGAUAUACUCAGACCAAUAAGUAAAUAUGCUGCCUCCAAUAGUGGCAGGUCUUAAGAUCCCAACCUAAUGCAAAACAAGUUAAUAAUCAAAUCUUUCACAGGAUUUUCAUAGGUUUAAUGGAAGGUGUGCAGUGGGGAACUGUUGUAAAGUAAGCAAGGACCUUAUUUAUUAGACUUGCCUGUCUUAGAUAGUUUGAAAGUGACCAAUUUCCUAUUAUUAAUAAACAGAAAUCAAGUUGCAUACAAGACCUCUGCUAGCUGUAAAGCGGUAGUGAUAGUUGGACAACUAGAUGAACGAGUCCCAUUCUCAAUAGAUUUUAGCAUGUAUUCUCUGGUUUCUGUUUUUUCCUGAAGUUAGUUCAGUCUUUUCGUUUAAAAGGGAAUUGGUGGUAACUCUUAACAGCAGCUAAACCCCUUUAUGCAUAUAUGUGCUACUAGAAGUUUUGGACUCCCCAUGAAUAUUGAGGGAGAACUUAUCUUUGAAUUUUCUGGAUCUGCCUUUAAGAGACAGAAUUUGUCUCAUAGGGAGAAUAGAUGAUCAAACAGAUUUGCUGAUUAGAUCUGUCACACUUUGUUCUGCCCUUUGUGCAGGCCAAAUAGCAAAUUUAACCAAAGUAUGGAGCAAUUAAGGGCACUUGGUGUCUGAUCUCACAGCUUCUGGCACUGAAUGGUAGGCAGAGGCAUACGUAGAGACUGGCAAAACUGGCCCCACUGGGGACGCAGGCCCACCCUCCCCCUCCAAAGAACAGUCACCAUUGGAGUGACUGACACCGUUGACUGGGAGAGGAAGUGACUCUAGACCCCUUUCGGAUUCUGCAUCACCCAGCAACAGAGGAGAGGGGAGGGAGUCUACUCUGCUGGGAGGCUGGAAGUACCAUUGUUCUCUUCACUUCCCUCCCUCCCCUGCCAUCAAGGCCACCUUUCAGCCAAAGCUAGUGAGUCCACAAAGCUCAGCAGUUGCAGCAAUGAGCUCAAACAACAGUUCUCAGCUAAGCCUGAACCUCAGCAGUGCUACAGUGCCAUUGCACUAUGGGUCUGAGUGUUGGGGUUUAGAGCUGCUAGGUAAGUAGGAUUCAGUAGCUUUGAACUCAAGCUGUGAAGUCAAGGGUUUUAUUUACCUUUACCUUUCAACAGCGUACAGGAGAUUUUGAGUGGGAAGUUGGAUUCAAGGAGCCUGUGCGUCAUGUUGCAUAGCCUGGAAUCAAUUCAACUCCUUCUAUAAUAUUUUUAAGCAGUACUACUUACUCUUAGAAACUUUUUCGCCUUUAUAGAAGCUUAAAGAGUCCCUGGAAGGAUGAUUAAUUAGGAUUGCAUAAUUACUUUUCUAAUUAAUUCCAGAACCCCCACCCAGAAUUCAUUUAACUUCAAAGAGCUCAAAGUCCUUGAAAGUUUAUAGCAUCCUGGUGUUGGGGUGGGGGGAGAAUUAUGGUCUUGGAAUGUAUUCAAAUUGUUGGAGGUCCUGUCGGGUCAGAUGUUUCCCAAAUCUGUUUACCUCCCCAUAUACUCUCUGGACAUACACUCCACUUCCUCUUCCUCUUGGGGGGCAAUAAGCAUAUUUCACUGGACUAUCAAGUUUGAUAUUAGCAGAAGUGAAAUGAUGAUCAAGCUCACGUUUUAUACAUUGUCUCUCUCUACCUCUUUAUAUUGGGAAUAUGCACAUCUCUUCAAGUACUAGGGUUUAUAUACAAAAACAUGCAGGUGGGCUCUGUCUAGGGGGCUACAGCCUCCCAAAAAGUUGCUGUUGAUAUCUAGGGGUUCUUGAGAGCAGCAUACCGUGGCCUCAGGAAGUGGCAGUGGAUGCAAGGUGUAGGAGGAAAUCAGGGAGGCCAUUUUGCGCCAUCCGCUUGAAAAAGGGUGCCUUUGGUUCCAAGUGUGUGAUUUUAGGAGUGGGAACCAUGUUGCCAUAGUUUCUUCUCAUAAUCCCAUCAGAUCUGGCAGCACACUAGUCAUCUGCUAAAAGGCAUUUGUUGCCUGGAAAGAACUUCCACACUCUGUUGGAACUGUGACAUCAUUAGAGGUGUGUUUCUGCUUUUACUGGUCAUGUGUUUUCAUGUGUUCUGUUGCUGCCUCUGGUCAUUUCUGUUGCUUUAUACAGAUGGCAUGGCUUUCAUUUACUAAUUACAAGUUCUUCUUCUCCUGUUUAUUGUCACAGACAGACAUUAAUACCCAUAAUUUUGUUGUUCUUCCUAGGACUGUUGUGUUAGGGGUCUGAUUUGUCACUUGUAUCAGAAAUCUUCAUAUCAUCCAUGCCUCCAGAAAUGUAUUGGACUGCCCAUUUAUCCUUGUUGAUUUUUAGAUUGGUGUAAAUUUUUGCACCCAUGUUACUUCAGAGAGUCAGAGAUCAGCCGGGUGAGUGAGAAGUAGGUGGAAGCAGGCUUAUUUUGGCAUAGAAAUAUAAAGGCCUUGUGCCAGACAGAACCGUGUCUGGCAGCAGGGACCAUCCUGAUUAUUACCAGCUUUGUUUUUUGUUUUUUGUCUAAAGCUCUUCCUUUUUUAAAUUUGAAAGCUGAACACUAUGCCAGCAAGAUGUGCUACCCCUCCCCACAAAAAGUGUGAUCGCUCCUAUAAUGAAAGACAGCAGAGUUGAACAUGGGCGUAGCCAGGGGAGGCAGGGAUGGGCAGUUUCCCACCCCCAAAUCAAUAAAAAUACAUAGUAAACUGAGGUUCUGCCCCCCUAACAAAAGGCCUGGCUAUGUCCAUGGAGUUGAACUCUGUAUCACUCUUUAGUUUACCCUGCUGUCUUUUUUCUGUUCAGAGGCAGCUAUGCACUGCUCUGAAAAUGGGUGUGUGUGUGUGUGUGUGUGUGAUUAUUAUAAAACUGUCCACUAAAGAGAGGUACAAAUACAGUACAAAUACAGUGGUACCUUGUGUUAUGUACCGUCCCCCUUACGAAUGCUGCGGGUUAUGCGCUCCGCUAACCCAGAAGUAGAUGCCCCUUGUUGCGACCUUUGCCCCGGGAUGCGAGCGGAAGUCGUGCUCUGGCUGCGUGGCAGCAGCGGGAGGCGCCAUCAGCGAAAGGGCGCCUCAUGUUAUGAGCGGUUUCUUGUUAUGAACGGACCUCUGGAACGGAUUAAGUACGUAACACAAGGUACCACUGUAAAGCAGACAACAUAAUUGCCCAUCAGCUAACAUCAUAAUUGUAUCACUGCAGGCCCUAAAAAAUUGAGUACAGUUAUCACAUGCUGCCGAUAGCUGUGGAUGCCAUGUAAAUGAAGCUUUGUCUGAAAUUACAGCUGCCUCUCUUCGUAUUUGAUACCAUAACUAUUUGUGCUAAGAAUGACUUGCUUUGUUAAUUUUCGACAGCUUUGCAAGUAGGGAGAAUGAAAGCCCUGCAGAAGAAGGCAAACACUUCCAUGUAAAAGUGCACUGACUUGCAUGACCCCGUCCUUUGCAGCCUGUUGACUCCAAGGCUGACUAUUCAAAGUGGCUCAGGUUGGGAUGUACAAAAACACUGCAUAGUCAUAUGAGCUUUCUUUUGCUGUCUUCCAGCUUCUGGAGCUAGAAGUUGGCCAAGUCAUUGUGGGAGAGAGGAACAUCUACAUUGGGGGGAUAGCUUAAUAAUCAUUGCCACAUGAGGUUGAGGCAAUGGUAGCAUGCAAUCAGAGCUUCACAGAAAAGCGGCUAUCAAAGUCAGAUUAGAGUGUGGAAUUUAGUGGGUUAUAUCCAGUGUUCAUUGUGAGUUUUAAAGUUGCACAACAAAGGAAUACAGCAGUUGUGCUAGCAGGAACUGGUUUUCCAACAGAUUCUGCAAGCUGUUGCACAAAAUCAGCAACAGCCAGCUUAUGCUUUUUCUCUCUUUUUGUGCACAGAAUUUAGCUGGUGCAGAACAUUUCACCAGUGGAACAAGUAUACCUCUGCCUGACUUCAGCUUGUCGCUACAUUGCACACAACCUUUUAUGUUGGGUUUUGUGUUUGGUUUUUGGCAGUGAACCUUACACUUUAGCCAGCAACAGUACCAUUUACUAUUGUAUUGUGCCUAGAAAUGGAAUUAGUUUCCACUAGAAAGCAAAUACAUCUGUCAAUGUCUUAAUAUAAUGAAGGGCAUUCAUUUUCAGGUUACUGGCAGGGGAUGGUUCUUGGAUAUUACAUUUGAUUUUUGAUUUUUGCUUAAAUUUCCAGUCUUCAGCAGCAUAUGCCUGAAAAAACUCAGAUGUAAAAUGCUGCAUUAGUUCAGUUCUGAGCUGCAUUUGUUUAUUUAUUAAAUUUAUAUCCCCACCCUUCCUCCCAAAGGAGCCCAGAAUGGAUUCAAAGCUAUUCUUAAGCAAUAUAUUUCGCUUGCCAAAUUCUAAUUCUUUUAGUUUGUGUUGGCAUACCAGUGGAACAAAUGUAUCUUUGCCAGAUUAGCAGCGUGUUUUUUGGGGGAGGGGGAGCGGGUUGCCUGUAGUAGUCUUUUUAUAUUGCCAUUCAGACUUUUGCAGAAAGGAGUAUAAUUUGUAUGUGGUUAUAUCUGCCUAAACAUUAUGGGUCCUUUGGACUAAAAACUAUAUGUACUCAGCCCAUGUUCUGUGCAUCAAAAACAAUUGCAACUCAAAAAUAGAAUAGGUUUCCCCCUUGGUUGAAAGUGCCAGGUAUGGAAAGUAAAUAUGUCUUGCCUUCCCAUUUCAUCUCUGGGUUUCAAAUGUUACUGCAGCAACAUGGGAAGCUAACAGAAGGGAGUAGCAACCAUUCCUCUCCUCUCAUGCAACACCUGGGUCUGAAGAUGGCAGGAUUCAUAAACUAAUCCUUAAAAUACUUACUGGCCACAACACAUGAAUCGGAUACUUUUCUGAAGUCUGUUUGCCAACACUAUGAGACUCACACAGAACAUCCCUCUGGACUUAAUUUACCCUUUGUUUUAGAAUGCUGUCCUGCGCAUUGAUAGCAAGUAAGGAAUAAGUCAUACAUUCCGUUGGUUCUGAUGUGGAAGAUGUUUCCACGUCAUUGUACUUUAGUCCCAAAGAUUUUCCAUAAUUGAUGGCUCAUCUUAAGCACAAGAACAUUAACUAAACAGAAAAAUCUUCCUGUUUUACUAUUUUAUAAAAUAAAAAUUUUAAAAAUAACUUUUUAUUGUAGUUCUUUAUCUACUUUGCCUUCAUAUUUCUACCACUUCUGUUUGAAACAUGGUCCAGUUUUGAACAGAUCAGUCAAAAAGUGAGCAAAUAGUUUGGAGAAGCUGGCCCAGCCUGCUCUCAAUAGGAUGUCCUAUUAUCUCCCCCCCCCUUUUUUCCUUUCCAUGUUAUUCUAAUUGCUUUAUUUGCUUUCCUACCACCUUGAGAGAUCUCCCACCCAGCCUGCUUGUGUAGGAGAGAGGGAUCUCACUGGAAAAUUGUGAAAGGUGUAUUCUGGUUUUGCUGCAGAAGGCUGUUGCAUGAAGUUUAUCUAAUACAGCAGUGGUGAACCUUUGUCUCUCCAGAUCUUGCUGAACUACAGUUCCCAUCAUCCAUUGCAAGCAUGGUCAGUGGUCAGGGAUGAUGGGAAUUGUAGUUCAACAACAUUUGGAGAGCUGAAAGUUCACCACUUAAGGUUCCUUCUAAUGUGAAGGAGCUUCCCAACAGAAUUGUGUAUAAAAAUUCUCCUCCAAACCCAGCUUCCACACAGUCAGUUCUCCCAGGAAGUGCUUCUAUUGGUUAGACCUCCCUUAAAUUUCAUCAUAACCCAUAAGGUGUACCUUUUUAAAAUUACACCAUCUACAUAUGAAGUUGGACAGCAGGAACACAUAGAUGAAGAAUAUUCUAGUUGGUCACAACACAGUUGUGGAACUACCAUUUUCUAAAGAUUUGUCAGUCUAAGCUUGUAAAACUUUGGUUGGUUUUAAAAAGUGGAGACUCUGGGUGUGUGUUAUAAUAAAUGUGUAGUGUCUUAUAAUGGGGUAUUUUAUUUUGUUACAACUUACCCACCACAAGCCGAGAUAAGCCAGAAUAGAACUGAGAUAAACAUUAAGCUGUAUUAAAUUCACAAUUUCAAAACUUAGCUCUUUUGUUAAAAUGACCUUACAAAGUUUAGAUUGAUACUGUAUAAGCAAUCAGCACUAAACACAUUUUUCUUACGGUUGAAACAAGUGUUUAAAAUAACAACUUUCUUAUUUUAAUAGGCUUCCGUGAGCCAGACAUAUUACAGAUAGAAUGAAAAAGUUCAAGAGGAGACUUUCCCUAACGUUGCGUGGGAGCCAGACAAUUGAUGAGUCACUUUCUGAACUGGCCGAACAAAUGACUAUUGAAGAAAACAGCAGUAAAGAUAACGGUAAAAAUAACCGCUUUGCUUAAAUUUUAUCAAGUAUUUAUGAAAAUGGUAUUCUUUUAAUGAUAAAAGUUACUUGCAGCAAGAGUAAUGAAUUUAAAUUGUUUUGAUGUUUUAGUUUAGAAUAACAAGUGUGUAUCUUUACUUUUGGGAAGUAAUUGCAAGUACAGUCAUACCUCAGGUUACAGAUGUUUCAGGUUGCGUUUUUUCGGGUUAUGGACCCACCAAAACCCAGAAGUACCGGAAUGUGUUACUUCCAGGUUUGGAGGGUCGCGCAUGCACAGAAGCACCAAAUUGCGCUUUGUGCGUGCGCAGAAGCACCGAAUCGCAACCUGCGUGUGUGCAGACGUGCUGCUGCGGGUUGUGAAUGCUGCGGGUUGUGAACAUGCACCCCUCAUGGAUCACGUUCGCAACCCAAGCGUCCACUGUAAUAUAUGUUAAGCUCGAGUUACUACAGAUUUGAUGGGAAUGCUUCAAAAAUGCCUUUGUGUCUAGCCUUGUAUUAUUAACAUAUUAAGCUGCAAAAAUAUGGUAUCAUUUCAUACUUAACUAGCAGAAUUGCCACUUCUGUACUGUUCCAAUUUACUGCCUUGUAAAUUAUGAUAUUCAGUAUUGUGUUUAUAACAUUGCUUUCAAUUUAUUUAUUUUUGCAGCUGUGUAAAAUACCAGCUGAUGCGUUGUUUAGAAAGCAUAAGCUGAGUUCCCAAACUCAUGGCUUCUGAAAAGCACUGAACAGUGUGCAUGGCUUGUCCAGUAGUGGUGUUUUGCAGUAUAACAGAUGAGAUUGGUUGCACAACAUCUCAUUGAUGAUCAUGUGAAUUGGGGCAGCAGGAAUUGGUAGUCCAACUGCUAGGAAGAUUUCAGUAUUUCAAAUUUCUUUGCCAAGGUAAUCCAAAUUCUUCACACCCCACCCCCCCGGAAUCCAUACAUGCUUCCUUGAUUGAUUUAUAUUUCUUUAAAUUGCAUCAUAUGGCAGAAGACUGUCUCUCAGUGGUGCUUUGCAUUCAUAAGGUCCCAGAUCCUGUUUUUUGUGCAACUGGUUAACUGGCUUAGAGUGACAUCUGCCUGGGAUCCUGGCAAGUAACUGUUGAUCAAUAGCUUAGAAGAAGCAAUGAUGAAGAUAAUCUAAUAGAUUGAGCAAUAUAUACAGUGGUACCUCGGGUUACAAACACCUCGGGUUACAAAAACUUUGGGUUAGAGACUCUGCUAACCCGGAAGUAGUACCUUGAGUUAAGAACUUUAUCUCAGGAUGAGAACAGAAAUCGCACGGUGGUGGCAGUGGGAGGCUCCAUUAGCUAAAGUGGUACCUCAGGUUAAGAACGGACCUCCAGAACAAAUUAAGUUUGUAACUAGAGGUACCACUGUAAUUAUCUUGGUUUAGUUACUCAUGGGGAGGAGGUGCUGAAACCCUAUUUUGUGACCAUUCAAAAUUUUACAUGGCCCUUUCCCUCCUCUAGAUUUGGAUGCAGGAAUUUAUUUGCAAAUAAGAGAACAGCUACUAUUCAGCUAGAGGUUUGUUGGAGCCUCUUCUGCUGUUGUUCAGUACAGUGGUAUCUCGGGUUAUGAACUUAACUCGUUCCGGAGAUCCGUUCUUAACAGAAACUCUUCUUAACCUGUGGUGUGCUUUCGCUAAUGGGGCCUCCUGCUGUUGCCACCGCCGCGAUUUCUGUUCGCAUCCUGGGGCAAAGUUUGUAACCCGAGGUACUACUUCCAGGUUAGCGGAGUUUGUAACCCGAAGUGUUUGCAACCCAAGGUGUUUGUAACCCAAGGUACCACUGUAUAAGAAAUAGUUUACCUCUAUAGGAGUAGAAGCUGCGGCAAACAAUGUCAACAAAACUUCAGCGGUGUUUAUGGUUCCCUUAAUUUCAUGCAAAUUAUUUAUUUGAGUAGUGGUCACAGUUCCUAUGCAUGUGGGAAAGCUAUUUGUGAUGCGUUAUAUGGAAAAGGAGAAGUUGCAUAAAGGUGGGGCGUGCCUUCUUCAGACCUGAGAAUGAGUCAAAUUGUACAGUUCACUAUCCAAAGGACUGUUUCUUAAGGCAUGGCUUAACUUCUCCGACUGUAUUAUUCUGAUAUACAUAAUAUCCUAAGCAUUAAGUAUACGUGUGUGUGUGUGUUCAGAGCAGAAUAUCCUUCCUUGCUCACACGCUGCGUUUCCUCUUGCAACAAUUCAGAAUGAAUAAUAUUGACUUGCCAUUACGCAGCCAAAUCCUGGCCCACAUGUGUGCUUGUCUUGCUGUGUAUCCGCCUCUAAGGAAAGUGAACUCUUAUGUUUAUUGCUGCUGUGUAAAAGGCAUUCAUGAAGUCAUGGCUAGAACUGCCACCUCAGGCCUUCGAGAACAGAACCCUGCUGCUAACUCUCAUUUUUAAGUAACUGUAUGUAUAGAGAAAGCAAAGCUUUGUGGGAAGAAGGAACAAAUAGUAGCAGAAGGGAAGAGAACAUUAUGUGUGGGGCGGAAGAGUGUGUAGGAAGGGGGAGGAGCAUCGCAAAGUACUGCAAGGAAAUCAUGAACAAGAGGGGCAAAGGACAGUGUACUCUUGGUGUUGUUUUUUUAGUUAGAUAGGAAGUGGAGUAGAUUUAACCCUGGCAAAUGAGAUUCUACAUCACCGGUCCUAUUGACUAUGUGGCCUUUUAAGCCUUUUUCAAGUAUACUGUUUAUAUUUACACAUUUUGGAAGCUUCAAGCUGCACUGACCAUCUGGGAAAAGCUGGUGAAGGGAGCGGAGGAUACAUUCCAUAAAUUUUAGGGAUAUAACUUACUGUUGGCAUCUGUCUGUCUCAAGGGACAAUGAAGUGCGCCUCCAGGGGUGCAGUCAAACCGCUGCUAACAGCACCAAAGUGACCUCCCCAGGGCACUGGUGCUAAGGCACCAGUAAUGACCAGUUUUGCUAUUUCCAGUUUGGACUGAAGCCUUUGCUUAUAGAUCUUGCACUGUUGGCUUCUUCAUGGUAAAGCAUGCAACAUAAAGCUUGUUGUUGAUACAAAGUCCAACACGCAUAUUGUACACAGCUAGAUAUAAAUCCAUAUGACUACAGUUGAACAUCACACCAGAGAGUUUCUUUGUCCCUUGGCUGCCAAGCAUCUUGCUAUAUGAAAUGCUUCCUGAUUCUGUUCCUAAGCAACUGCUUCGUUCUGUAUUUAGAGAGUGCACUUCUGUUUUUCUGGAAGUCAUUGUUUAUACUGUUUCCAUCAUCUACAAAGAAACUUAGAGCUGUGUUAAUACCUGUCCGUUUCCCCUUCUGAGAUCUGCCACUGUUUAAUUUAAGGCUCCUGCAAGUCAUCUUGAAUUGAUUUCUCUUAGAGUAUCCUAGCUGUUUUCUGAACAGAUGCAAACUGUGGGUAGACAUCACCCUCGUUUAGAAGACCAGAAUAUCCUGCUGUGGUGAACAGUUGCAAAGGAAAGGCUCUUGACACACAGAAAUAAAGCUUAUGACCAUUCCCUUGAUGGCUAGGUUCCAGAAUAUGUAAAUCUUAAUAAUCUAGAGAUGCUUUUGUGGGAUCUGUGGGAAAGUAGUAAAAUGAUUUCAUCAUAAGAAGCAGCUCACCAAAUAUCAACAAGGAAGUUAAAUAUAUACCAGUAUGCUUGUGGGAUUGCCUUAGCCCAUAUAUGCCUAUUUAGUCUGCAUAACUGGCACUGUUACAAGAGCUACAAAAUGCUCAUUGCGCACUUGUAAGAAAUUGAUCUUUUAGUGUGCAGUGCAGGACUCUUUUGCCCAACGUGGGGCACGAACCCACAAUCCUGCAAUUAAGAGUCUUGUGCUCUGGUGUUGGCAUCUGUCUCGAGAGAGACAAAAUUCUACUGAAUGAGCCACUCAGCUUUGCUUCAGAGAAGCAAAGGGAAACCAUGAACAUGAUUAUUUAAUGAGCACAAAUGGAUUGUGGUCGAGCAACAGGAUGUUCCUUUUUAUAAAACCCCCUGUUAACGUCCAUCUAGCCGUCGGAAGCUUUUCACUACGGUCUGGAAGUGGUUGAGCGUAGGUGUUCACCCUGUCUUACAGGGCUGUUAUGUAGAAGAGACAACACGAAGUAACGGUAUUAACUUUCGAUUCCCUGUGCGUUACUCACAGCUUCUGAAAAUAUAGCUAGGCAAGCAGAACUGCUCCAGUGUCUGCGCUGUGCAUAAGUACGUGAUAGCGCUGGAGACUUAGGAGGAAUCGUAAUAAGCGGAGAACAAAGGCCAGAGAGGUUGGCUGCCCUCGGUUCCUGCUGCCCCACAUACCCCCUUCCCAUGCUAAGUUGCCUUUCUCCUUUCUCUUUCCCUUGGUCCCUCUCCCUCCCCUGCCCUUUGACCCUGCUCCUUUUGUUCUUCCAGCUUGCUCCCCCUCCUUUGGGCUCUCUCGCCACUCAGUCAGUCCUCUCAGACAUUUUCUGUCAGCUUGAAGAUUGUGCCUUUAAGCUUGGAAGGUUUUCUGCGGCCUGGCUUUGGACAGUGUUGUGCUUAAGAACCUCUACAACAGUGGCAGCGCCUUUGCCUUCUUCCCAGCUUGCAGGACGCCCUGCUUUCUGGAGGCAGAGAGGUGCUAAUAAGUAUAUGAUACCUUCAAGGGCAAUAAAGAAUGCUAGCAGCAUUGGUUUGUUGCUUGGGUAGUGCUAUUCAAGAGGGUAAUAUGUUUCAUCCAGUCACGCAACCUGUUUCAUCCAGUCACAUAGCUUAAAGUUACUUGGAUUGUUUCUCAGGAAAGAGAAAUGAAUAGGUCUGUAAAAAACAUUUCACAUUCCUAGUUGCCAUUAUCACAUUCCUAGGAUGUGAGGGUCCUGGGCACAAGGUUAAACAAGAAUUGUUCCUGUGUAGAGAAUUGUAAUGAAUUGAGCUGCCCUCUGUUUAACUCAAAAUAGAGAGUAGGUCGGUUCAUAGGAAUUAUUUGUUACAGUUUUCUCCUUGUAGAAAAGAACACGUGAUUUCAAUACAACUAUGUGUAUAUAUUGCUGAAAGUAAACAGAUCACACUUAUGUGUUCCUACAUGAGAGUAAAAAUGUAAUCAACGAAGUGAUACAAAGCUAUGCUUGCAUUUUAGCACAUAAACACUUUGCAGUUUAAAAAGUUCUUUUUUUCCUCAUUGAGGAAAUUUGGCUACUUAUUUUAAUUACAUUAUGGAUCCAAAAUUCACAAAAGCUCGUAAACUUUCCACACAUAGGAUUGGACUUCUCACUGUUUUGGUCUAAUAGAAGAAGAGAACUUGACAGUGUGGGAUUACUUUGGAACAAUCUGUUUCUUGCAGAUUUGUUUAGUUUUAAUCAAAGGUACUUCAUGAAUAUCUUAAGGCUUUUAAACAGACAGUGUCGGUUCUUUGAUGUAUUAAUUGAAUAAAUUUAUGUAAUUCAGUAACAUAUGAGGCCAUUUAGUUUUCUUACCACUUCAUGUUUUCUCUAUGGGUUUUUUUUAAAGGUACUUGAUGAUAUAUUUAUUAUGCUCUGCUUAUGUUGGUGUAUUCUAAAUUCACAAAACGGAAUAUUACCUUUUCUGCAUGUAUAUGAGCUGUCUUAAGGAUGGAACCUUUUCAGAUGAGUCCAUUAGGCAGGACUUUCAAAGAAUGUGAUUCCCUCAGCUUCCCAGCCACAUUGUCUGAGGGAUGAUACACCGGGCUGCAAGUACCCUGCAUUAAAAAUGUGAAUUGCCUGAGUACAUAAUUUUAACAUUAUUCAUCAGGAAAAGCUGGUGCAACCUGUUUAUAUUUAUGCAGAUUCAGCAAAAAUACAGAUUUCUUUUUCACUGUGGACUCUAUACUGUGAUGGCUUUGCACUACCCCUGAAAGGAAGGACAUCUGAUUUUUUUUUUGUUCACCUACUUAUUGUUGCUCUCUUCAACCCUCUGCAGCAGCUGCUUUCUCUCCUUUAGCGAUGAGCCAGAGGUGUCAGUCUGUACAAGACCUUGAUGAUAUCGGGGUGAAUUGACUGCCUGUCUCUUGUACCAGCUCAGUGAUUGCUGCAUGCCUGCUAGGUUAUACAAUAUUCUGGCUCUCAGCUAUGCUUAGGGAGUUUCUCUGGCUCAGCUUCUGUGCACAGGGGGGAGUGAAAGCGAACAUUUUUUAUUGUGCAUUUUCUUUUGUGUGAUGUGCUUCACCGUUGAUGAUCUACCUUCCAGGUUUCAAAUAUUUUGAACCUCAUUCAAAUACUGCAGUAAGCAGACUGUGUGGUAACGCUGUUAUUUUUUCUCUCUCUCUCAACAUGUUCCUGAAUUUCCUUCUUGUGGGAUGAAUUCGUUGGUGUUGGCAAAUUUCAGAGCCUAUUGUGAAGAAUGGCAGACCUCCAACAUCCCAUAGUAUGCACUCAUUCCUUCACCAGUACACGGGAUCCUUCAAAAAGCCUCCGCUACGAAGACCACACAGUGUUAUCGGUGGCAGCCUUGGCUCUUUCAUGGCAAUGCCAAGGAACGGGAGCAGAUUAGGUAAUGUGUCCUUAUAUUAUCAAUUCGUUAUGUUAUUCUAUGGCUUCUACACUCCAGAGUAUCAGUAAGGCAAUCAUAUUUCUAAUGUAGUAAUAGAAAUACAACUGGUGGACACCAUCUAUGUAGGAUGGCAUCCUAGUUAGUUGGAUGCAAAACAAGAACAACAACUGUAAGCGGUAAACAAAUCCAAUCUAUAAGUAUUAAUUUAUAAAACAUUUCCAUGUGAAUGGCUAACACCUAGGAAGGUAGACUGUAUCCCUCACGUACACCACAAUCCAAAUUGUUUGCCGCUGCCGCCGAAAUUCUGGAGUCAUGGAGGUACCACCACAUCCACAGCCUGGCUGCUCAGAGUGGUGGCAACAGAAAGGAGGUGUGGAACUGGGCUGAUCAGGCUUGAUCCCUGCACCUGCAUGAGGCUGGCACAGCAAUUGGGAACAAAUCAGUCCUGAUGCCUACCAGCUGUGAGAGCAACUCAGCAUCCUGCAAAUCCCAGGCUGAUGUCACCUUCACUCCAUUUCAUUGCUAUCCACUGGACUGUGUUGGGGAUACCACUGGCGGUCUUCUGCCCACAUGGUCGGUGGAGCAGCACAUGUACCACUUUAUUGGCAGCAGUUGACAGAAGCCCAGCAGUUCAUAGAAUCGUGUAUUUAAAGGCCGCUAAGAUUGCAGUGCUAUGCAUACUUAUGUGCGAGUGAGUCAGUGUGACUUACUUGUGAGUAGACAUGAAUAGGAUGGCACUGUAAAGCCUUAUUUGGGUGUUCACGCUUGUGAUUCAAGAGCCCCACGAUUCAAGGGAUACUGUCACCCUUCCAGAAAGGCCCAGUUAAUCCAGACCAGGGUGUGCCACAAAUCAUGUACACAGUGUUAUGGUGCUUCACAAAAGAAGGCUUCGAGAAAUCUCAAAGGUAUACAUCCUUCUGUAUACUUACUCAUUCUAAAUGGAAACUGCAGUUGUUGCCAUCUUCUUGUCAGCUUCCUUCUUAAAUGAAGCUUAAGAUAGCAGUAACGUUUGGUGGUUGAAGCAAUCAAAAUAAAGGUGGAGUGUAAAUAAUGAGUCCCCAUGAUGAAACAUUUGGGACUGAUUGUUCUAAGUUGGUGGUGGUAGGAAGAUGAUAGUGCCAGACUUCAGCUCAUUGGCUAGAGAUGACAGCUGUGAAAAACGUUUGCACAAGAUUCAUAACCAAUCCAUUCUUUACAGUCUCCUUCCUAAGUCUUAUGGUGAUCUCUCCUCCUGCAAUUAUUUUGUUGUCUGAAUCAAUUACAUGCUUUUAUGUUACUGAAUCCUUGGAAUAUUGCUUAAAUAUUCAUGAGUGCAGGUUCCCCUCCCCUCUUUGUACGGAAAUUAACUGGCAGGCUUGCCAGUUCUUUGUGUCUGCAGAUGUGAAUUAGGUUUCCCAGAGGUGUAAUUUUAUGCUCAAGAUAUAGAAAUCAUUCCUAUGAACAGAGUGCAGCUUUGUCUGAUAAGCAGAAGGGGACUUCAGUUGGUAUAGUCAAUUUCCUGCAUCUGCCACUACUUCACCCAGUCAGUUGUAUUAAAUUCAUUCUUUUGCAUAAUGGGAAUAACAUCUACCAUGCAUGACUUUUUAAUUAAUACGAAGUGCAUUUUUUGUUUUAUUUUCAAGUAGUUACAAGAAUAUUUAGGGCUAUAAAAAUAAAUUUCUGCAAACAGACGCUACUCCAGCUUAGCAAACUGCAACAGUCAUUAUACCUAGCUUCUACUGAAUUGGAAGCUUAAGCACUGUAAUUGCCAAAAUGGAUGCCAUUACUCACAGAAGAAUCUUUCGUAUUCAUAACAGUGGAGUGAUAGAAUAUUUUGUUGUCUGAUAUCAACCAUUCUGCAACUAACUACUUAAUCUGCAGAUGGCAUUUUUCAAUAAAGCUUUCACCUUCCUCAUCAGUCAUUUUCCAUAUAAUUUAUUUAAAGCAUGUAUGUGACAAUACACAUACAAACAUGUUUUGUUGUAUCAAAGGCCUAUUUAUAAACCCUGUACCUGGAUUUGAUUUGAUUUAAUUCCUUUUCUUUAGUUGACAGUACUGGAAUACAUAAUGGGAAAUUUUAGAACCUCCUUUAUUAGAUCAUUAUUGGAUAAUUAUUUUUAAAAUAAUCUAUUGCAUUUAUUAGUGUAUAGUGCUAGAAUCUAGGCUUUGUAGCAUCAGGAUUAAUUUAAUUAGUUAUCCAUUUCUGUUAUGGGAGCAUAGUGCUAAAGUAGCAUUUAUUGGGGGGCGGGGAAUCAAAUAACAAAGUAAAUGUCUAAAAUGGCACAAAACCUAUAGUAUCAGCAGGUGAUUUCAUCACCCUUGUCACCUAAACCUGAGUCAACAUGUGUUGGAUAUGAUAUGUAAUGGAUGCACUUGCACAUUGUCUAAUGUUGCUUUUGCAUAACUAGGCCUAUGUUGAUUGGACUUAUGUACGUACACAACAGUUUAUAUGCACAGGUGGAACAGGUGUAGUCUUUCUCGUCUCCCACACAUUGGUUGCACAUGAUUUGCCUAGAAAAUAAAGCAGCCUGUAACCGCAUACUAAAGGAAAUUAGCUUCUGUCAAAAUCAAAUAUAUGUAUGCAUUUCCAUAGUGGGUUAGAUAAUCUUCAGUAAACCAUUGGAUUUGUGUACUCCACCCCACUCUCCUCCUGUGCAGCUGGGAGAAUGCCUGACUAGUUUUACUUUCAAUUUCAAAGAAUCUUGACUUACUGUUAGGUGCAAAAGAGGAAUCCUGUUUUAAAGCAAACAAUAGUUAAACCUUGAGUGGGCAAAAGAUCAGCCAGGUUCUGGGUGAUUUGCAGUAGAUCAAUAGUUGCAGUAGGCAAUAUUUUUUCUGAAUCCAAAUAUGUUAAAGAAUAGCAGCAACAAAAUGACUCUUCCCACCUUGAUUUUGAGAUUCAAUUUUGCAUGGCUGUGAACUCAGUUCAGUUUUGGUACUCAACAGAGCCAGCACAAGAUGUCCUGCUGCCUGAGGCAGAACCUAUAGUGUGCGUGUACCAAGUCUCUUCAGGGCCUCCAACCAGCAAUGCCUCGCUUUAACAAAGUUUCCUAGGGAACAUAGGGCCCUUCCAGAAUGAGGCAUUGUGGGUGAGGUUGCCCUGCAGCUGCUUUGCUGUGACAGCAGCAGUGAGUAUUAUUUAAAGUUUUGAGAAAACUAUUAGACUUUAAACACUUCGUAACUUACAUUUUAAACCAUGGAUUAAAGUUGUCUUGUUCGCAGUUAACCUUUGUUUUAACCAAUAUUCCAGGAUUGCACAUAACGCUAAGAUGAGUUUCUUUGAAACUGUAAUUUUUCUUGGCCUAAGUCUUGACUGUAUGAGAGGAGAAGGGAGAGAACAUCACGCAAAGCCCCACCCCCUUUUUAAACUCACUGAGGCUUCUCUGUGUUGCAGUAAACCAUGGUUUCAUUUUACAAAUGAACCAGCCCAUUGUGUUGCUGGAUUAUGUCUUCUAGGACAGUUUGUUUGGUUGUAGACUUGUGCCUUAUUAUGAUAUUUUUCAUCCAGAGAAGUAUGCACUCCCCCAUUUUUGAAAAGGAAUCUGUUAAAUACUAUGCAGCAUGACAAGAGAAUUCACACCACUGAAUUCUUCAGAAUGGCCUAGAUAUGCCUUUUAUCUUGCAGUCUUAUGUUUCAUCAAGAAAGUACUCCUUGUUUACUUUGAAAAUCAUAGAUUUGGUGUCCCUAAGAAAAAUAGUCUGUUCACAUUUCCCUCACUGGAAUAUAUUGGCAACAACAACAACUAGACAUUUCCCUAUUUUUCCUUCAUAAAGUUGUCAUUAGAGGUAAAUAAUACAAAUCUGAAUGUAAUUUACUCACCACUAGUUGUGGUUCUUGUAUGUUUUUCUCAUUUCCUACUAUCUUUUAAGAAAAAUAAAAAUACAUGUAAAUGUUACAUUCACAAUUUGACAUUUACUAUUGCAUAUGCAAGGAGCUGAUUUGCACUGCUACCCAUUUCAAGAACACAGUGCCAUUACUUGAAGUAGUUUGAUAAUUGAAUAUUACUCUCGCUUGAAAUGUUCUUUCUUAGCAGCUUUUCAAUAAAGCAUCCUCUGAAAUGUAUCCUUAAUAUGAAGCUGUAUGACUUUGCAGAAGAUUUUGACCAUACACAUUCUAAACUCAUUUUUCCUGCUAUCUCAACUGCAUAUUGGUAGCCUUGGUAUUCAAAGACAAGCUAAUUCUUGUCAAAGAAGCUAACUCUAUUCAAAGAAGUUUCAAUUAAAAAAAUAGAAACUCAAGUCAAUAAGACUUGUUGGACCAAAAUGGUGUCAUUUUAUGUUUAGAAAGAACAAUCAUGUUGUGGGCACAAUCUUAUUGAUAAAAUGGGUGCUACAUUAGUUUCCUCCAGUGCCUUUGGUUGACAAUAAAGGCAGAGUGCUUGCUUAACUGAGAGAUAGUAGUGUGAAGUAAUGGCUGGUUUUCUUUGAUUUAGAUAUUGUACAUGAAAAUCUGAAAAUGGGAUCAGAUGGUGAAAGUGAUCAAGCUUCCGGAACAUCGUCUGAUGAAGUCCAAUCCCCUACAGGUGUUUGCCUCAGAAACCGGAUACACAGAAGGAUUUCCAUGGAGGUAAUACUCCCCCAUGGGAAACUAUAUUAUGUUAACAAGAGACUUGGGAUUUGUUUGCCUGCUUUUAACUACUUCCUUUCUUGUCAGUUAGUUUUAGAGUAAAUUCAUUGAUAUUCACUAUAAUUAGCUGGUAGUUACUGAAGUAGCAAUUAACUUUUUUCAUGCUUUUUCCAAAUUAUCUUUGAUAGUGUUGUGAGAACUUCUUGUAAAUAAAUCAUCUAACCCUUUAGAGAGUUGGUAUGCAAAUAUGUCAAAGUGUACAGUGAUUAACUCUCCUAGUCUGAAGGCUGGGCCAGUGUACUUUAAUUUACCCUUCCAGAGAAGAAUGGUCAACCAACUUGAAUGGCCACGUUUAGUUCCUGAGUCUUCCCUCUUAAGGAGAAUGAUUGUUUUGCAUGUCAGCUUAAUUUUUAAGACCUGUCUACUUUUUUAAUAGCUUCACUUUCAGUUUUCUCCUGUUCUCCUUAAGUUUUCCCUCCUUUUCCAGUGUUUUAGUUUGUUUGAAUUCAUGUAGUUUUUUCAGGGCUUAUCAGUGCCCAUAGAUCUCCUAUUCCUUUGCCCUCUAAUUCAGUGGGAAAUGGAUAGUAUGCCUCCAUCAUAAGAAUGCAGGAAGAGUCCUCCUGAAAGGAUAGGUUUGAAUUCAGAUUUCUUCUAUUCUUGCUGUACUGCAAGAAGCGUGAAAUGAGUCUAUGGAAGCAUGGUCAUUGACACCAUAAAUCCUGGAAUUGUCCAACCAUUCUGGCCAUACCAAUGUCCCUCUGAGUUCCCUGGACUUGACAAAGGGCACCUCAAACAAUCAUAACCCUCAGAAUUUACUUGGGGUUCCUGGACAAAGUCUAGGAAGUUUAAGCACCUUCUGGUGCCCCUCUUGGAGGAACUGAAGUUGUCAGGGAAAGGAGGUCGCAACAUGACUCUAAAUGCUUCUACUCUCUACUCUGAGCGGAAAGAGAUUUCCUCAGCUACAGCUGUCUCCAAGAAUGGAAGGGAAUUUCUCUCUGGAAGGAAAUAUUGAAGUUGGUUCAGUAUUGAAGGUCUCUGUCUGGAGGCACCCACAGCUUCCCUGUUGCACAACAAAAGGCCACUUUUCUAUUGGUAAACGUAUUCACCUCCAGUGACUUGGUGAGUGUAAUUAAACUGGGAGCAAGUGGGAGGCUAACUUCCAGUGUUGUAAUUCCAAUCCUAAAUGAGACAUCUGCUGCUGGUGGAGAGAGCGUGGGGGGGGGGCGGGAGGAGAAUCCCAAGCACAUUUAGUUUGACCCAAAGAGACAUGGUGCUGAAAAUUCCAGAUGCUCAAAACUGCCCAGAAGCAUUGUGAAAUAAAAACAUAUGAAAGAUGUAAACAUAAUGUAGGCCGGAGGGGGUGGUAUUGAUGAUAUAUGUGGGCCCAUUCCAAACCUAUAUCUGCGAGCUUAGAAGCUACAAGAGUAAACCUGGUCAGAACAUAGGUCUUUUCCCACAUCGUCUGGGUGAAUGCCACAUCAUCCUAGGAUGGAGAAGUAUAGGUCGGGGGCUAGUUUGUGUGUGAGUUUUUGCCUGGGCUGGAAACUAGACAGAAAAGCUUGGCUUUCCUGUGGACUGGCUCCAAAGCUAUGGCUUUGAGAACUGCCCAGUUGGAGUGUUAACACUGUGAGCCCUGGAGUCCCUUGCUGCUCGGAGACAGGGGUGUCUGAUUUUGGUACCAGAGCAUUUUAAAUAAAUAUCCUCAGAUUUUGUGUUGUGAAGAGCACCAAAUGUUGCUGGGGGGAAAGCACUACACCCUAUUGUGGCCAGAUUUUGGAACUUUCUUCAGGAGUUUGUUUUGCACUCGUCAACUUUCAUUUCCUGGCAUGCAGACUCUUGAGCAAGGAUGGAGAACUUGUGGCCUUCAGGAUGUUGUUGGACUACAACAUGUAAUUAGCAGGACAUGAUUUAACUGUUGACCACAUAGUGAUGGCCACAGAUUCCCUUCCCUUGCCUCUUACUAAUCUGCAUAACACUUCAGAAACUAAACACAAUAGGAGAGUUCUAGACUUCUUCAGCUUUUCAGUCUUCCUGUUUAACAAACGGAAUCUUGUAUGAUGGUAAACAAAGGGAGGAAAGAAUACUUAAUUUCCUUCAUUUAUAAGGCUUUGUAUGCAUGCCAGACAUCCUACCUGGAGAAAAAUUGCAGCAAAACUGAGAUGUAACUAAUCGAUAUUUUUAAUAUACAAGGGCAAAACCUCCUUUAAAGUCAACUUCUUCAUUGUAGAACCUUACAAAGUUGUUGCCCAAAAAAAAGUCCAAAAGAACUUUGACAAUUAUAAUUUUGCUUUUUGGAUUCAUUUCAGGACACAUUUUUCCUAUUGAUUUGUGUGGCAACUUGCCCAUUUCACCUGUUUGAGUUUAUGUACUAAGAAUGCAAAAAGCAGCCUUGACAUUCACUUUAGUUAUUUCCCUCCAAAUUAAGUAUCCAGACUGAAAGCCUUUUACAUUUAGCAGUUUGAAAAUGAUGCACAUAAUACUCAUAAUUAAGUUCAUCAGAUAAACUCUGGAAACAUUUUCCUCACAGACUGUCGGUUCUUCCAUUUCUUCCCUCCCCUACCAAAUUCAAAAUACGUGUUUCUAAUGCCAUUGAAAUUAGAAUGACAUGAUUUAAUUACACGUCUGUUGGCAAGCACAAUCAAUGAUGUCAGUGCUGGCAAGAUGUCUGGGUGCUCUGAAAAAUGAGGCUGUUGAUAACAAGUUAGAGAUUGCAAGGAUAAGUUUGGACAAUAUCUACUUUUCAGAAUUAUUUUAUUGUAUAAUAGAUGAGACCACUUGAGUGGUGGCUCCUCUUAUUGAACGGGAAUGUCUUUAAAUUGUGGUGCCAGUAGCAUGUAUAGCAGUUAAAAGAUUCUGCUGUGGUUAUUACAGCAGCUUUCUGCAACCUGGUGCUCUCCAGAUUUUUGGACUACAACUCCCAUCAGCCCCCAGCCAUAGUUGUAGUCAAGAACAUCUGAAGGACAGCGGGUUGGAGAAACCUGUUUUGUCUGUCCUACACAGACAGUAGUAUAUAUAUUAUAUGCUAACUAGAUUGCUCACUGGGACAAGACAGUUUGAGCAUAUUACACUGAUUCUGGCCUGACUGCGCUGGCUGCCAGUCAGUUUCUGGACCCAAUUCAAGGUGCUGGUUUUGACCUAUAAAGCCUUCAAUGGCUCAGGACUGUAGUACUCCCUCUCUCUAUGUGAACCUACCAGGACCUUAGGUCUCUAAGGUCCUUCUUUGUGAGCCUCCUCCAUGAGAGGUCCAAAGGGGGCAGCACAAGAAUGGGCCUUUUCUGUAGUGGCCCCCUGUUGUGGAAUACUCUCCCCAGGGAGCUUCAGCUAGCACCUUCAUUAUACACCUUUAGGCACCAGGCAAAAACACUCCUCUUCAACUAGGCCUUUGGUUGAUUGACAUCCACUGCCCUUUUAAAUUUAUUGUGGGAGGGAGGAUUAUUGGUUCGUUUUUGUUUUUAUUUUGUAUUUUGUUAGUUUUUAUAUUGUAAUUUUAUAUUGUGAACCAGCCUGAGAUCUAUGGUUGAAGGGCAGUAUACAAAUUUAUUUAUUUAUUUAAUAAUAAUAAUAACCAGUAACUUUUGUUCUAAUCUCCAUACUCCCCUUCAUUCCAUGAGCAACAUACUGUCUACUUCAGUUAGACUAUGAUCUUCUUUUCUCUUAUAUAGAACAAAAUUUUUCAAAUGUGUAAUCUUUUUCACAUAUCCACUAAGCACAUUUUAAAAAAAAAACUAAUUACAACUUAGUUAAAAAAAUGUCUGUAUUAAACUGUUAGGUUUUCAUUCACAGUUCUAAGUUCUCUUACAGUUUGAAGAUCUUAUAAAGAUUAUGUUUAGCUUUCUGUCCUUUUAUGAGGUAAUGAUUUCUCUAUGACUGUGUUUGGAGUGUUCCGAAGUUGAGCUCUUAAUGCUUACUGACCUUUCUGAGAUGUGUUCUGCUUCAGAUGUGUUAGAAAAUUUAAUUUAUGCAAAAUAGAUUUGCUGGAGAAGGCUGUGUGGUUUAAAAUGGCUCCCAUGUCUGUGAAUGACAUGAUUAACUUGAUAGGCAAUGUGUUCCUUUGAUCAGCAGUUUUCAGAUUGUGUGGUGAGCCUGGGGAUGAGGUAGUGAACAUAAGACGUUUGGAAAUGGAGUGAAGUUGAAAGGAGGGAAAGGAUCCUUGAGCACAUAGAACCUGAGGCACUUUACUGCCCAGCAGUAUCUAUUUAGCAGUGCCUAGAGAGCGGGUGGUGCUGUGGUUUAAACCACUGAGCCUCCUGGGCUUGCCGAUCAGAAGGUCGGCGGUUCGAAGCCCUGUGACGGGGUGAGCUCCUUUUGCUCUGUCCCAGCUUCUGCCAACCUAGCAAUUCAAAAGCACACCAGUGCAAGUAGAUGAAUAGGUACCACUGCAGCGGGAAGGUAAAUAGCGUUUCCGUGCGCUCUGGCUUCUGUCAUGGUGUCUCGUUCUGUCAGAAGCAGUAUAGUCAUACUGGCCACAUGACCCGGAAAGCUGUCUGUGGACAAACGCCGACUCCCUCGACCUGAAGCGAGAUGAACGCCUCACCUCAUAGUCACCCUUGACUGGAGUUAACCAUCCGGGGGUCCUUUACCUUUUUUGCCUUACCUAUUUAGCAGUGCAGCAGCCCAACCCACUGUGACAUCCAUGGAAGCUGUAAAGAAGAAGGGAACAGAGCUAAGUGUCAGCUUCUCCCCUCUCAUGCCUUCUUCCUUGGCUGGCUGGAGCAUGGGAUAUGCUCUUCUCAUGCUUUUGUUACAUAAGUGUCCCAAACCACAGAUCUUUAUCAUGCAGCAGUGGGCUUGCACAUGUCUUGCUUGCCAAAGAAAUAAUGGGUGGCGUGUUCCAGGGCUUCAGUAAAACAGAAAACAAUUGUAUCAAUUUUUUACUGUGAAGUUAAGCUGGAAAGGUUCUUAGGACUCCUUAGUUGAACCCAGUUGUAAAUGAAAGCAAUUUUGGCAAGAUCAGUUGUCAUCCACUAUGAAAAAUAGUAGAGGUGCACACUUAUGGGAAGUUCAUUGCAGCCUUUUUACAUAAGGUGCUCAGAUUCUGUACCUUUAAUAGUUGCACAGAAGAGGCAGUUUCACUGUGCAUGGCAAGUCACAGUCGCUGAAAACACUUCUUCUACACAACUAUUAAAGAUGCAUAAGCCCCUGUUUUCUUUUGGCAUUUGCAAGACCAGAGAAGUUUGAGGAGCCCCAUGCUAUUUAAAUGGUAUGAUCAUUAUUACUCUUUGUAGUAUUUAAUCUUCUCUUUUAAAUUUUAGUAGAGCCCUUCAUUUUUUAAAAUUCAGCAGAACAUUAAACAAGCAAGUGCAAUAAACAUUGUGAUGUCAGCCACUCAUAAGUCAUUUUGUGCUGCAGAAAAAUUGACUUCCUUCAUGAGGGAAGUAUUACUCAUUGCCAUUAGCUGAGUGUGUUCCUGACAUGGCAUGAUACAGUAAAACAACAAAAUGGUGCACCAUGAUUCAUGUUUGAAAAUUGUCUGGUGCCUACACAUAGAUUAGUGUCAUGGCCUAUAUGCCUUUAUUUGGGCAUCCUGAUCUUUUGCUAUUUUAUUUACCUUACCCGUUACCUUUCCAACAAAACAAAUAAUGUUUACAGUCCUUAAAACCCACAGUUGUUUGGGAUCUGAAGGUUUUUUCUGCUCAUACAGUUGCCAUUUUACACCUUGCUCUGAAGUCUUGAGCAAAGUAAGUGAAAGCAACCCAACAUUACUUUCAACAGUACAAGAUUUUGUGUGUCUGCAAGUAUCCUGAGAAAAGGCUAAGUUGUGGAAGUUGCAAUCCUUAUAUUUCAAAGACGGUAGAAGUUACUGUUCUUAUGGUACAGUACUUUAAUUUGUGCAUCCAGUUCACUGCAAGUGUUCCAGUUCUGUCAUGUUACAAAAAUGCAAUGUGAUAAGUGAGCUUGGAAAAAAACUGAGAGAAAGGAGAGCUCAUGCUGUAUAAUAAGAGUACAUAAUACAAAAACAGUAAGGAAAGUGGACCCAUGUGUAUGGCAUGGACUCAUAGUUUCUUGCCAUGUUGGAAGACGCAAUUAAAUAUUUACAUAUUAUGUAUGCUUUUAUUUGUAAGGCUGUGGGGCCUUUAGGGUCAGCUUAUCAGGAAAUUAAACAGCAGAGCAAACAGCAUCGUGGAACAAACAAGGCAUAUUAAAUCCUCUUUCCUGAGCAGCAGCAGUGUAACUUAUUAGCAAGCAGCUUGUGGCUGUUGCUGACAUGAUGUCUUCCUGAUGCUAGUUGAAAUUGGUGAGAUGGCUGAUUCAGUCUGAUACUUACACAAGAGAGCAAAUCACUUUCAUUUGACCUAUAAUGGAUUUUCUGGGCAAUCAAGCUGACAUCUACAAACUUUGAAGCUCCAUCUCCCCCCCCCCCUUCUCAUUGGUAAUAUUACGGGAUCCUGAUGACCAUGGCAUGUGGGCAUCGCUUUCCAUUUAUUCUCUCUCUCUCUCUCUGUGGUAGCUUUGCAGUAGCAAGGGCAAUACUAUAGUUAGAGUCAAAUAAUUAAGUGCCUGUCCUCAUGAUUUAUUAUGUGCUUCUCAGCUACUGUAAUAAGGAAGAUUUGGGAACCUGAAGCAAUUAUUUUAGGCUUCUAGCCUCUUUGCCAAUUGUUUAAUAAUUUAUCUUUUUGUGCUUUCUGUCCAGUGAAGUGCACCUAUAUUAUUAAAGCUUACAUUGCACUUUUCUGGAAAGUUUAUCCUCUUCUUUGCCUUCAGUCCUCAUCUCUCUUUUACUUUCUGCUUCUAUUCUUUCACAUCUCUUCUUUCUUUAUAAUUUACUUUGCUGCUUCCUCAACAGUUUAUUAUUCCCUGGCUCUCAAUAAUUCUGUCUGACAGCCAAGAAUAUGAACUAUUUUAAAAACAUUGGAUUAUGUCUAUAAACAUCACUUGUCAGCUUCAGGCCAGGUUAGAGUUAUGCCUUAUAUCUUUCCAGACAGUCCCUCUCAUUCGGUAGCAGUUCAGGCCCAAACCCAAUUUAAGCUUCAAGAGUUUGAAACUGUUAUCAAGUGCUGAUAAUCCAUUUGAAAACUGUCGCAGUUUGGAAGAAGUUGCCAAAAACUGGUGUGCAAGUGUACCUUUAUUACUGAUAAACCUUCCUAGCUGUUGGAAGCUGUCUAGAGGUUAACUACUGCCUGCUGUCCACAAUGGUUUUACGUUUAUAAAUCUGAAUAUAGGAAUAUAAUUGAAAUACUUACUGUGCCUAAAAGGGCAGAUAAUAUAAAUCAGAACUUUAGUACAAGUCCACUUGGAGUCAGAGCAUCAGAUUUGACCUUUAUUUUGUUCCAGGUUAAGUAAUAGUUGAGUUAUGAGAACACCUAGGCCAAACCUCAGUGGCAGGGUGAGGGGAGAAGCCUAGAGCAUGCCAGACUGGUAAAUUACAUUGCAGAAAAACAUGGUGCUAAUGGACCCAACCCAGAACGUGGUCAGAAUUGUUUUAUUUAGAGAAUGGAAUAUUAGGAAUCUUGGGCUCCAGAGGUUACCUUUGGCUCUGCCAAGUAUCAUCAGUCUGUGAGGUCCAUUUGAGAGGAAAAGAAACUCAAGAAUACUUGCUAAUGUAUGUGAUCAAACUGUGAGUGUCUGAGAAGGUUUGAAUAUGACUCUUCUUAAGCAUUAUGGAGACGGCCUUCAUCCCUGAGCACCUGUUGACAGUUACCAUAUUUUAGGUGUGUGUGUUUACACAUAUAUAUAAUAGAACACAACAGAUUUCAACCAUAUAUGUAGUUACUUGGGUGUAAGUCUAGCUGGGCUUGAUGGGGUUACUUCAGAGUAUGGGAUCAUACUCUGAAGCACAUCCUCUUGUGCAGUAAUGCAAAUACAGAUUUGUUUCAUUGAAGCAGUUGAGAUGUGUAGUGCAACUGCAGUUCCCUUUGGAAACAAGUUGUUUUGAGAUUUACGGGUUCUUGGAGAUCGUGUCCAAUAGCAAGUUGACCUAACCUUGGCAUAACUAUUAGAUAUAUGCUGCUUCCUUCACAAUUAGUAUUUUCAAUUAUCGAAUAUUGAAAUGUUCUUUGAAUCAACUUUAUAUUUGAUUGGUUUUUGUUUUUGGGUUUUUUUAAAUUACUUGUGCCCCUCUAACAAUGGUUGUUAACUUCCUCAGGACCUGAACAAGCGUUUGUCACUACCUGCAGACAUCAGGAUACCAGAUGGAUAUCUUGAAAAGCUACAGAUAAACAGUCCACCGUUUGAUCAACCAAUGAGCAGACGAUCUCGCAGAGCAUCCCUGGUAAGUUGCUGCUACCUUUUCUAGUUGACAGAUACUCUGGUAGCACCUGAAAUGUGUUGUGGCAUUUGAUUGUGACUAGCAAUGUUUGUGGUCUGCUGCACAGCAGUGUGGCACAUCUGCUACUGUCUCUCACAUUGCUUGAUUUUUUUGGACUCAGUUCCAGUAGUUUCUUCUGCUCCUCUCUAUACUUAGGAUACAGAUACCUGACCACUUUAAGUGACCUCUUGCACAUCUGCCAUAGUGGUCACCAAAAAUAUGGUCAGCUCAUUCACAGCUGCCAGAAUAAAUUAUAUAUUUAUGUACAUUUCAUGUAUUUAUAUCUUUGGUAUAUGCACAGGGAAGUAUGUAAUUACUAGAUAAUCGUUACUAGCGUUAUUUAUAAUUUAGACUUUUAUUUAAAAAGAACAUAAUGCUGGGCUAGAAAGUGGGUUGGGUGAUGGUGGUAGUGGCAUUUGUUUUGUAAAUAUCACUGUUGUUAUUGUCCUCCACAUCAUCAUCAUCCCUUUCCCCUGCUGGUUUGUUCAUGCUUAUUUUUAUUUGGAAUGAUUGACGCCAAAGCUUUGCCUGCACCGUGGGUUCCUGCCAAUGGUACCCAACUGUGAGCUCUUCCCCGGCACCUCGCACUUGAAACUUCUCAUAUCAUGUGUCCCUGUGGAAUCAUAAAUUAUUAAAUGCCCUAGUUAUAAGUAUUCUGUGAUUUAUAAAAACAUGCCUCAGACAAGGGAAGAUCUCAGCAGUUGCAGCCUGCCUUCUAUACCAUAUUAAAAUGAAGUUCUGCUGAAAGCACUGGUGUCACAGCAUUGAAAGAGUUGAUAAAAUGCAAAGCUUAUUGUUUCAGUGUCAGCUUAAUCGCUGAUUAGAACUUUAAAAAUACUUAUUUUAAAAAUAUGCCUAGAACAUUGUGUCUUGUUUUAAGUCAGUUUUUAUUCAUAGCAUUUAUUUAUAGCAAUCAUGCUGGCUUUGUUUUAAACUUGGAGAAAAUAUUAUGUCUAAAUACUUAACUUCUGCCAAUCGGAGGUAGGGUAGCUCUUGUUUACAUUGCAAGUUAUCCCAGACAUAAGGACAUGGUGACUUCUUGAAGAUUGUGAAUGGAUCUUCAUGAAGGCUUUGAAAAUAUAACUUGCAGUCAUCGAACACAAACAUUUAAUUACAUGAAUGAGCCCUAAAAAGCCAAGAAGAUCGGAAAGUUGUAGCGACAGCAGGCAAAAACUUUGGAAUAUUAUUUGCAAUCGAGAUAAUCAAGAGGAGCAGAUUUUUGAGGAAGAGCUUCCUUUUAGUAGGGUUGCUCUGGUAUGGUGUUUUCCCCCUUGGAUGAGAGGAAAGUGGACAGCUAAGGAAAAUUGGAAGGUGAAAGUAAGGCUUUCAUGGGAGUAGAUUAGCUGUUCUUAGCAACAACAGAGGGAGGACACUAUCCUAAAUUGUAGAGGCAGAGGCAGGUUGCAUAUGGUGCCAGGUAGGAGAGUAGUAAGUUUAUAACCAAUGUUGGGUGUGUGUUGAUGUUAGAAGUGUGUACUUAACAGUAGUUACUGAUUCACAAAUGGUAACUUCCUAAUUGUGUGGAUUGUGAACUGCCUUGGAUUUGGGGGGGGGUGUGAAAUGGAAAAAUAAUAGAAAAUGAAUAAAUUUGGUUACAGCAAUUUUAAAGUUGAAAGAAAAAGCUAGGGUUCUCUUAAGAUCCUUUUAGCUGCAAAGAAGUGUUUUUUUAGAAGGGCUGCUCUGUACCUGUCUUGGCACAUUCAGAUAAAUCUAUUUCAGUGUGCUUUAUAGGAUAGCUUGACUAUUUUCCCUUCCGUCUCAAGCAAUCCUUGUUUGUAGGAACCUGUUUUUCAAGCUGUAGUAGGAAAAAUUGUGCCCUCUAAUGAGCACAGUGUGCAUUUAAAAUGGACCAUCUCUUACAAGACGCCUUUUCUGCGCCCGCACUCCCCCUUCCACAUUUAAAAGAACUUGUUGCUCCUUGUAAGCUGAGAUCUGGCAGCUGUGUUUGUUGGCAAUGCACGUGCUGCCUCUUUCCUUCUGCUCAGUCCGCUGGGCUCUUCUUUUGAGAUGUGCAACAAUUUUGUUUUCAAGAAACUCUGCAUUCAACUUAGCCUUUCAGAUACGGCGCAAACCUUGCUGUUAGCAGAGGGAAUCAAGUGUUGUUGUUUUUUAAAAAAUAGAGUAACAAUUUUAUGGUCUCCCUUUGAAAACAUUUGCAUUAAAGGCCUAGCUUAGUGGAGUAAAUAUUUAAUCAGCUUAGCAUGUACUGACAAGUGCAGUGUUGUGUUUGUAGCAAUGUAUCAUCUUGGCACACCUUUAAUUCAUCUGUCAUUUAAGAGCAAGAGUCUAUACCUAAUGUUUUUAACCCUUCUAUGUUUAAAUAUUCUAUUACUAUGGUCAAAUAUAUUCCAAUUUAACCAUUGGCUUUUUGUCAGACCCAGUAGUGGGGAAGAAGGUGCAAGGAUCCUCAUGAUCACAUAUCCCACCCCCCACCCCCAACUUCCCUUGCAUGGCUGGAAGAACUUCACCAAUGCUUAAUUUUCCUUGCCCUGAAUGUCUGAUUGUCAUGUUAUCCAGACAGGGGGUUGUGGUUUCAAAACAGGGUUAGUUUCAAAACGAGGCAACUUCUAACCAUGGUUUCUGAAACUGGUUUGUUAAAGGCUAACCAGAGUUAGGACAGAAACCUGGCAUUCAUGGAAAGUGUAGUUCAAUUUGAGCAAAGUCUUUUUCUUGACUGUGCAGGAAGGGAACUGAGUGCACAAUUACAGGGUUUCCAGCGACUCCCUCCUUGCACACCCAUGGUUUAGCAUGACCUGCAAAUAUGUCCUAUGAGCAAUAUAUACAGUUACAAAAUUUCACUCCCUUUUUUUGGCCUUGAACAAGAGUUAAAUCCAGUCCUCAGUUUCCAUUAGUGUAAAAUGUUAUGCAAGCACAUGCCAGUAUUAGGAAAACAGUGGUGCUUCACUUAGUUAUAUGGGUGCCAAUGCUGGUGCUGUCAAUAAGGGAGAAAUGUUGGCUAGAACGAAGAGAGGAACGUUGCGAAGUACACAGUGCUUUUUGCCCAUAGAAGGUUUGCUGGUUGCUUAAUAGGAUGCCAAGGCCUGUUAGAAAAGACAGAAAAGACUUGCAGAAAAGGGCCACUACCUAUACUUUUUCUGCUAGCCUGAUGUGAGAUACAAGUCAGUGAUUUGUAUCUCCAAUAUUUAAUGUAAAAAAGGUACUGAGAGCUAUUGGUUGUACUGCAAGAGUGCACCUUACAGGGGUGGUAUCUCAAGACUGUAGAAGUUCCCAAUCUUAAUUCCUAGUCUUCAAAGCCUCAAUGUUAAUUUGAGUUUUCUUUCAUCUCAGAACAUCCUUGAGGUGGUAGUGGGGGAGGGGGAGGACAGAACUGAAUAGUUCGAUUCUAUUUUAUCUUAGCUACUUAAUGUUCAUGCAGCAGUUGCCUGUGUUGUUUAAAUUGGAGGUUUUGACCGUGUUGGGGUCAUUUAAUGGGCUGUGUAUAGAGUUUUUCUUUUAUUUACUUCCAUUGGGGUCUACCUGUGUGGAGAUUCUUUUUUUCUGUUUACUUUUGCCUUGAUAACGCUUAUAGUGAAACCCUCACAAACUGAAGUUGAAACAGCCCUUUACUGUAGGUGAAUGAAAUGUUAUACAUAUUUAAUAUCAUUUUGGGGGCCCAACUAAGUAGAAGAGUUAAACGAGUACAAUUAGUUCUGUUAACAGACUUAUAGUAGAUAAGCCCUGUUGAUUAUAAAGUAGGUUUUUGUCAUUAGGAGAAAAAUGAAAGCUGGCUCCAUUUAAAUAAAUAGCAAAAGAUGUCUGCGAACUUUAGUAGAAUUUUAAAUCCCCACAAUUAGUAACCAGUCAUGUAGGGAAAAUAGCUUUGAAUGUCUGUCAGCAUGGUUUCAUCAGCCAUUUGCAGAUAAUUGCUGACUUUUGCUUUAUGCUAGACAGCCCUUACCUCAGCUGAUUAGUAUUCUGAUGGCAUUUGAUGUGGGGACACAGCAUUUCCUUGCAAAGGGUAGCAGCAACACAUUCCCUCGCUGCAUGGCAAGGCUGGUUGUGCUACCCCUCACCCCGCCCCCAGUGACUCUUGCUUUUUCUCCUGCUUAUUCUUCCUCCUGCCAAUAAAGUCUGGUAACAGAUGCUGCAAAUGUAGUCCCUGUUUAGGGGAACAUGAAGGGUAAAAAGCAAAUAUACGAGCAAUGGGCUUGCAGUAUGCAUGCAUGGACAUUUCCCAUCUACGCAGAGUGAGAGUUUUAACCCAUAGGCCAAGGUUGGUGUCUUUCUCCUCAGGGCCUCAUGUCAGGGCUAAGAGGCAGGAGCUGCUAGUAUGAUUCAGGGGCAUCCAUGACAACUGCAACUUCAUUUCACUGACAUGCUGUAUCUGGGAUUUCAUAAAGCUCAUUUGUAGGUACAGUGGUGCCUCGGGUUAAGAACUUAAUUUGUUCUGGAGGUCUGUUCUUAACCUGAAACUGUUCUUAACCUGAGGUACCACUUUAGCUAAUGGGGCCUCCCGCUGCCGCCGCGCCACCAGAACACAAUUUCUGUUCUCAUCCUGAAGCAAAGUUCUUCACCCAAGGUACUAUUUCUGGGUUAGCAGAGUCUGUAACCUGAAGCGUCUGUAACCUGAGGUACCACUGUACUUUGCAGCCCAGUCCCUCCCUGAGUGUCAGCCACCUUGCUGCCACCAUUUGCAUUGUUCAUAUCCCACUGCAUGAUUCUGCUCUAGACAAUUAGUUCGGGAUUGUUUUGCAGUGACCUAAGAGGGUGCGAGGAACUGAUGUUGCUAUUUGUCUUUCUAUGUUUAGCUUCCCAUCCAAUCGUCCUUGCCAACUGAAGUGUGGUUGGUGGGGGGCAUUCAGUUGUCAUGUUUAUCUGGCCCCCUUUUUGCCUGAUUUUAAACAGGACCUUGUGAUUGUUUUAUUUCUGCAGACUUCCCCCAUCCCCUAAAUAAGUCUCUGAUAAUGGUUUUUAGUUCCAUAUACUAAGUAAUUUAAACUCAUUGUUUUUUAUCAGAAGGGUCAUCAGUUUUUUCCAUCCUACUCUUUCUCUGCUGCAGUAAAUGGAGCACUGUAGAAACCCACAUACAACAUGAUCUUAAGUCUGUCACUGGGGCUCCCUCCCUAGGAAGUUGAUUAGAAUCAUAGCCUGGUUUGUGAUAGGAGCACAAAUAAUGAGAAACAUUUACUACUACUUUUUAAAAACAAAAUUCUGUAAAACCUUCCCUAAAGGCUGGUAGUUUCUUGCUUUUCUUAAGGACUGUACUGUGUGCAUACUAUAGUUCCUUCCCAUUUCUACUUUGUUUAUACUUAUGUAUAAAUAGAUUCCCCAACAGAGACAGCAAUAAAGCUUUGAGGCAACACAGCAUUCUCUGUUAUGUAUAGCUUCAGUGCACAGGAGAAGCAAUAUUCAGGAUUGCUGAAGAUAAUGAGUUGAAGUCUCUUAAUAAGGCACUUUUUGCAAGCAGAGUACAGGAAUUGCAGUUAAGAGGAGGUGUGAAAGCAGGACUCUAGUCCCACUACUGGGUCAAGGGAAGAAUAGCAAUUACCCAGCAAAAGUUAGUUUCAGAAAUGGCACUGGAAAUUACCAGUUUUAUCAGGCUUUUCCUGGUGUUCAGUGGUAAAAUGGAGGGGUGAUAGAGGAAACUAACUUUUUGAUUUGCUUGGGAAAGAGGUGCUUUUUAGCAGCGUAUUGUUCUUGGGUGAAGUACAAAACACUUGUAGCUCUUACAUAUAUCAUGAAAGACAAGCAACCUACAUCAAGAUUCUUGUCUUUCUAAACCCAAGUGAGUGGAAAAGGCUUGGCCCGCUGCUUGCAUGUAUUUUAAGCGGGAAAGUGUCUGUUUUAAAAAAAAGUGUGUGUGUGUGUAUGCCUGUGUGUGUGCAUAUGCACUUCAUGUCCUGGCCUACCAGGGGGUCAAGCAAGCUAGGCAGGGGCUUCUCUGUUGUGGCACCAUGCUGAUACAAUUCUCUCCCCCUGGAGGUGUGGAUGGCAACUGCACUUCUGGAAUUCCAUUGAAACUUACUUAGCUUUUCAAGCCUUCAGAGGAAAUUUAAUGUGGUAGUUCAAGGUCUUAGGUUUUUAAUCUGCACUUCUAAUAUUUUACUGUUUGACCAAAAAAAUAAAUAAAUGUUUUAUUAUCAACCAUAUUUUUAGAUGGAUGUUGGAACCCCUCCUGUGAUUGCUAUGUGUGAUGAACGGCGGUCUAAAUGUUUGGGAAAUAAAUGAAUAUUUGUCUUUGUGUGUAUGCAUUUGGUACCUUGGUAUCUGUUCUCAAGGACCAAGCGUGUGUAAGAAGUAGCCCUUGGAGUCUUAUAUGGGAAAAGAAAAGUGUGUGGGAAGGCAGGCCACAUGAGGAAAGAUUUUGCAACCUGCCGCUGGCAUAAUCAAGAAAAACCACAGCCUCUCAUCCCAAUCCAGCUAAGUAGGUCCAAUAGGAUAAGCAGACUUGCAUGCACAUAUCUCUUGCUGGGUUUUCUUUAAAAAAAUAUAAUAACUUCAUUAGGUCAAAGUGUGGGUAGCGUCUAUUAAUUUGAAUGGGAUACAUCUUCUGAUGUACAUUUCCCCAUCCAUGUUCUUGCAUAACUAGUCAUGCAUUCAUAUCUUGCUUUGAUGGGAGAUGGAUCAGGGCCCAUGAUUACUUCUGCAGUAAAUUAGCAAAUCCAGUUCCAAAGGACCUGGCACAAGCUCUGUUACUGGGCUGCUGGUAAUCUCCUUUCACAUUGCUUCCCAGAGCACCUGUGGUAGUGUUAAUAUUUUGAACUGGGACCAAUUUGUACGCCCGGAGUGGGGAAACUAGUUUUUACUGGGACAUUCAAAGCCAGGGCUUAGAUUCAGUGAGUGAGCCGGUGCUUCUGCAAAGGUGGCAAGGGAAGGGGAGUUCUGAUAUUUGCUUAUUCUUUCUUCCUGCUUUAGUUCCCCAUUUGCCACAUCUGUUGCUGUUCCAGGCAAUCUUCUAACCCCCAGAAGCAGAUUUCAAGAGGAUAAGUGGGCUGCAGUGGGAAGGUGCAGGCAGGAAGUCCACUAAUGAAAGUACAGCUCCAAGCCCUAGUUUUUAUCCUGGUAUAGACUAUCCCAACCCGGCUUGGACACGUUACUGUUACCAUAAAGCACCAAUGCUGCAGCAAGCAAAGGCUCUAGCAGCUCAGCCAGCUGCUUGUGGCUGGAAAGCCAGGCAGGAUGUUUGUGACUGUUGCCAUGGGAACAAAGGGGCAGUCCAUUCUGUACUGAGCACCGGAUGUUAGCUCAGUGUGUGUGUGUCAUAUGACCCGUACUGGAUGUACUUGGGAGGAGUUUUCUUCUUGCUGUUGUUGAGUGCAGACAUGAUUCUCUGUACUGAUGUAAGAGGCAGAAAUAAAUGAUGUAAAUAGUUUUCUGUCUGCUUCUUUCCUCCCUGGGGACACUCAAAGGGGAGAGAGGAAGAACGGUGUGUUCCACUCAAAAAUCUGAGAAGAAUCGCCGGACCUCGCCUGCUUAUCAGCAGAGUGGAGACGCGGGGAGGUCGACAGGAAUAUCUGCCGGUGCCUCCACUGUGGCACAUUCCUCUGACCCAGGCAGAAUUCCAACAGUUACUUCCUCAGUUUUGUUUUCCAAUAGAUGAACAGUUCUUCAUGAGUAUCUCACUUAUUACAGUAGUUCUAAAUGAAUUUGCCUUUUGCCUCCCCCCCCCCUUUAUUACAGUCUGAAAUUGGAUUUGGGAAAAUGGAAACUUACAUAAAAUUGGAAAAGCUUGGUGAGGUAUGUAUCCUAUUCCACCCUACAACCCCCCAAGAGAUGUGGGUCUUUUUAUCAAUAAAUUAAUACUUACAUCAACGUUUUUUCAAUGUGUGAGGUGUUUUAUAAUCUUGUUUUUUCUCUCACAAGAGUGACAGUGAUAGAUAGUGACUUGCUGAAACCAACAGAGUCUGUGCAGGUCUACAACCAACAUUAUAUCCACUGCCUUUCAUUUAUGUUUUAAAAACUUGACUGUUCAGGAUAAGCAAUAGGACAGGCUGGAAAACUAGUAACUGUGCCUUGUUUGUUAAAGGCAUGAUGGUUUUCCUUUGUAAUAACUAUGCCUAACAGCUGUCAUGUUCAGCAGUGGUUAUAUAGAGAUGACUACUUGACAACACAUGAAAGCUUGAGACAGACAUGACAGUUUCAAUUGAGUCAUCUGAUUUGUGAGGGCAUCUUCAGCAUAUAGAGAUGUUAUGUGGUCUGAUUUCGCCUGGUUAUACAUCGCAUGAGUUGCCCUAAGGGAACAUUAUAUUACAAAAUAUAUACUUCUUACACUAAUGAUAUUUGCACCCUUGUAUUUGCACCAUUACACCUUAACACUGUUAUUUUAGGCCCUAGUGAUUCAUAGAUGAGAACUAUUUGAUUUUGUCAUUCUUUGCAUUUUUUUCAAGAAUUAGUUUAAACAAAAUUUUUGGAUUAUAUCAAACUAAUUCCUGCUCAGAGUAAGCUCAUUGAAAUUAAUGCAUCAGUUACUCGUAUCCAUUAAUUUCAGUCAGUCUACUCUUGAGUUGCACUAGCAUUAGCUACAACCCUAUGUCUUCAAUUCCCCCCCAAAGAAAUGAAAAAUAAGCAUGUAAAGGAGAUCUGGUACACUUGUUGCACUCACAGUUGCUUGACCAUGGUUAAACAAUCCCAUGGUUAGCCCUUGAUCGGCUCUUUCCCACCUCUGUUAUACAGAGUGAAAACUAUCUCUACUUGCCCUAACCAUGCUUAAGUGCUUGUUUGGCACAGAUUUUAACCACAGUGCCAACUUAACCCCUUUUGAAACUGCAUAAGGAGCUUACAGAUGAGCUGAGAUAUAAGAAGGGAAUGUAUAAUAAAUGGAAGAAAGGUGGAAUCAUGAAGGAACAGUAUACACGAGUAGUCAAAUGUUGCAGAGAGAAGGUUAGGUGGGCCAAAGCUCAGAAUGAACUCAAGCUUGCAAGGGAGGUUAAAAAUGAUUUUUAAAAGGUUUCUUUGACUAUCUUCAAAGCAAGAGGAGGAACAAGCAAGUGGUAGAUCCUCUGCAUGGACAAGAUGGAGAAAUGUCCAGUUCUGGGCACCACAAUUUAAGAAGGAUAUUUACAAGCUGGAGUGUGUGCAGAGGAGAGGAAUCAAGAUAUGAUCAAGGGUCUGGAGACCAAGCCUUAUGAGGAAUGGUUGAGGGAGCUGGGUAUGUUUAGCCUGAUAAAGAAGAGACUGAGAUAUGAUAGCCAUCUUCAAAUAUCUAAAGGACUAUCACACAAGGGUUGUGAAAGCUUGUUUUCUCCUGCUGAGAUCCAAACCAGUAGCUUUAAGUUAACAAGAAAGGAGAUUCUGACUAAACAUCAGAAAGGCCUUUCUGACAGGAAGAGCCAUUCAACAGUGGAACAGACUUCCACAAGAGAUGGUGGACUCUCUUUCCUUGGAGGUUUUUAAGCAGAAUGGCUGUCUGUCAUUUAUGAUUUAGUUGAGAUUCCUGCAUUGCAGGGGGUUGGACUAGAUGACCCCCAUGGUCCCUUCCAGCUCUGCAAGUCUAUGAUUCUAUAAGUAAAAAUCAAAGUUUGGCUUGCUUUUUUUCUAUAGCUGGAGAAGAACUCUCAAACAAUUUUUGUGAGUGUAUAUAUUUUGUCCUUUUCCUUGCUAUACAGGGCACCUAUGCAACUGUAUAUAAGGGAAGAAGUAAGCUGACAGAAAACUUGGUAGCUUUGAAAGAAAUCAGAUUAGAACACGAAGAAGGGGCACCAUGCACAGCCAUUAGAGAAGGUAAGCAGAUUUUCUUUUCUUUUAUUGCAUUUUAUAUGGUUCCACCAACUGGAACUCCAGUAGUAUGACUUGUGAGUUGUGAAGAAAUGCAUCAAAUCCUGAACCCGAGGGGAAAGGCCGUAGCGGAAUGGCAGAACACCGUCUUUGCAUGCAGAAGAUCCCAGGCUUGAAACCUGCCAUCCCCAGGCAGGGCUGAGAAAGAACCUUGCCUGAAACCCUGGAGACUUCCCUCAAGCCCGUAGAUCAACUUGAAUUCACGAGACAGAGAAUUCUGCGCCCUGCCCGUAUAUUUCUUUGCCAGAAAUGCAUCUUGUGACAUUCCCAGUAGUUAUAAAUGAUGAAGCAUGCUGUCUUUUUGCUUGCUUGCCCAAGUGUCAGACAUGAGAAACAACUCCUCUUGAGCGUAACCCUGUCAUAGUAAAACAGUCUGUUAUCUUGGUGUGACAGCAAAUCUAAACCAUGUUCCUCCCCACACUUGAAAUAUGUGGCAUUUUCCAUCCUAUAUUUUUUCCUCUCCUCUCCUCUCCCUCACGACUUCCAUAUGCCCCCUUUUGAUCAUCACCAAGGUAGUUCCCUGGGGCUAAGCCUCUGCUUUUCAAGCCCCUACAGAUAAAAGUGUGCCUAACCCACUCACUCAGAGAAAACUCUGGGCCUUUGGAUCCUUUGAUUUCACCUGCAGAACAUAAUUGUAUUUCUGCCUGGAUCUGUAGCACAUGAACUAAAAUAAUGGUGUGUAAAAAAAUUAUAUAGCUUUCCAGACAGCUAUUUUUAGUCCACUAUCCAUUUGACACGCUAAUAUCUGUACACUUCAAUUUUUCCAUUUAUUUACCAGUCCUGGCUAUUAAUUCUGUUCUUCUUUUGCAGUGUCAUUGUUAAAAGAUCUAAAACAUGCAAAUAUCGUUACGCUACAUGAUAUUGUUCAUACAGACAAAUCAUUAACUCUGGUCUUUGAGUACCUGGUAAGUUGUUUUCUUUCCCACUCAAAUUUCUUGUUUGAAUUUGUUUAACCCUAGAGAAAUAUAAUAAUACUGUUUCAGUAUAUGUGAAUUGUGGGAGGCAGUGGCGUUAAUUCAUUCAUUCCGUUACCACAAUUUCUUGUAUGAAUUGUAGUAAGGUUUUGGGGGGUUUUUUGCUACAAAACUCUUUAAUUUGAGUGUAGAUUCAGGUAGGUAGCCGUGUUGGUCUGACGCAGUCGAAAUAUGUAAAAAAAUUAAAAAAUUGUCCAGUAGCACCUUAGAGACCAACUAAGUUUGUUCUUCGUACAAGCUUUCUUCAAAUACUUAGUUGAUAUAUAUAGAUAUAGAUAUAUAUAUAUAUAUAUAUAUGAGUUAUACUUAAUGCAUUUGCCUUCUAAAGUUUUGUAUGUACUGCAGAUGUACAUCUUCCUCAUAUUCUGUUACAGAAACAGAGAGAUCUGUUUUACGUCCUAAAAUAGCCCAAAUGUUUCCUUUUUGUAGGCCAGUUGUUUUGUGCUCUUUGUUUUCAGGAUCCCAGCUGUUGUGUCAACCACCUUUCCCCCCCACCAUGGGGGGGAGGAACAAUGCCAUUUCAGCACUACCUUAAGCUAUUUAUAGUAUGACUUACCUUAUUACAUUGUGCUGGCACUGUUAAAAAAGAAUAUACAGCCAAUCCACUCUCAUGUUUGGUACCUAAUUGGCAUGCUAGAAAAUGCAGUUCUAUAUUAGAGAAGUUGGGCAAUUAAUCAUAUAUUUGCUAUGAGGACAAGGUGGAGACCUUCUAAAACACUGUGCUGCUUCAGUGUCUGUGGUUACAACGAAAGAUAAGCCUGAUGAGACAGGGUGAUUCAUAGGGUCUGCAACCUGGGGCAGAAAAGGAUAGAAAAGGGACUAUCAUUAAUAGGAUUCGGUGAUACAGCUUUGAGAUUAUUUCAGGAUCCAUUUUUGUGCUUAAAUUGUUCAUAUUUCAGUAGCAAGCAGCCAGGAGUACUUCCCUCUCCCCCAGCCUUUUCCGAGUUUGACCUAAUGACUUUCAUCCAUGCUUUUCUGCAGUGAUCAGUCCUGCGAAGUAUUGGUUUGUGCUAGCUCAUCAGUGUCUCUCUGGAGCAACUCAGUUUUGGUUUCAACUAGUUUUGGGUAUACAUACUUUAUUCUACUACUUCCCCUAUGCUCCAUCUUGAACUUUUUGUGUCUGCUGCAAACAUGCACAAUUCUUUUAAUCUGUUCAUACAGUUCAGAUCAGGCAUAGGCAAACUUGGCCCUCCAGAUGUUUUGGGACUACAACUCCCACCAUCCCUAGCUAACAGGACCAGUGGUCAGGGAUGAUGGGAGUUGUAGUCCCAAAACAUCUGGAGGGCCAAGUUUGCCUAUGCCUGGUUCAGAUUAUAAGGAUGCACAGAGAGGUAUUUUAGCUACUUCCCUCAAAAGUUUUAUCUUCAAAGGUUCACCAAAGUCUGAACAUAAGCAUUUCCUAGGAGUAGUUUUAAAGCUGAGCUGCCAAAUGAUAAAAAAGAGUUGAUUAAUCAUCUGCCUCUUUGCUGAUGCAGUAUAUAAUCUUGUGUUUGUGUGUGUGUGUGUCCCAAAUCCUUUUUAACUAUUGAAAUGCUGAAAAUGCUAAAUGAAUUUUGUAAUAAAUAGAAGGCAGCGUUGUGAAAGGUGAAAGCUUUCGUCAACAUUUUCCUCUUUCUUUUCUUGCUUUAGGGGAGACCAAAAUUCCUCAAAAGUGUGUCUGUUCACUGUCUAUAAUUUACCCUCUCAUUCAAAACUGGCCCUACUAAGCUUCAGUUGAGUAAUCUACCAAUUAAUGGUUCCGGUUUUAAUCUGACGAUAUUCCUGAUAUAGAUUGGCAGGGUUGUAGCUAUCUUCCCUGAGCCUUUUAGAUUGUAUGGCUUAGAUUCUAAACUCUGAAAACCAAAAAGGCCUUUUGCAAAGAGCCUCACACUUCUCUGGAUUUCAGGCAAUGUGCAACGAGAGUCAGAGCUUUGAGGCACAGCAUCACCCGAGGUCAUAGUGAUGGAUGAAGCUGCCCACCUGUCAGAUUUGGCCCACCAGGAGUACAGAAAUAAACAUCUGGUCCAUCAGCCAGAAUAGGCACCUCUGUCUUCUCUAAAGAAAUAAACACUUUAAGGAAUAGCAAUAAAUAAACAUAACUUUGUAUCCCUAUUGUAGAUAACGCCUUAUUUUUGUUUUCACAGGACAAAGAUUUAAAGCAGUAUAUGGAUGAUUGUGGUAACAUUAUGAGUAUGCACAAUGUAAAGGUAAGUCAUAGUCACUAUAUUCCAACCAUUUUGCUCUUUUUCAUAAUUGGUGCUCCUUAAUAUUUAUAUAUUUUUCAGUGUAUGUGUGUGGGGGCGUUCCUGUUUGAGUAAUUUGCCCUUCAGAAAGCAGGUUUAAUUAGUAAACCACUGUGAAAUUUGCAUAGAAGCACUUUGCGUUAUUGAAGAGAACCUCUUAACUGGCAAGUAUUCAAGUUACAUAGUUUUGCAUGUAAUUGCUUGCCUUUCAGUGGACCAAACAUUUCGUGUUUCUCAAGCAGGAGCUUGUUUACUUGAUGACUGAUGGAGUAAAUGUGGAUGACCCUAUAGCGUGCCAGAAUGACAUGAAAUUUGGCUAUUUUAAGUGUUCCAAUUGAUUUUAUGCCCAAAUUAUUAUAACAUUGCUGGCCCCUUCCUUUCAUAGAUCCUUUUAUUUUAUUUGGUGUAGCAGUUCUCCCAUAUUUUUUUAACCCAUCUGAUUUAGAUCUCAAAAUAAUUUCCAUUGGGAGGAAAAAACUGGACUUUUUAACCUUGGGGUGUGGACUGGUUUAUCCAAGGGUUGAAUGAGAAGCAAAUAACUUUUAAAAAUCAAGGCUGCUGCUAAUAUUUUGUAAGUGGCUUGGAUUGAUAACCUAAAGCCCUGCUAUGGCAUAGAAGAAGAAGAAGAAGAAGAGUUUGGAUUUGAUAUCCCGCCUUUCACUCCUGUAAUGGAUUUAGGGGUUGCUCAUGCGUAAGUUGCCGCCACUCCUGGCUAGGUUACCUGGUAAACCCUUUCUGACUGAACAGCCUCUAGCAUCGUGACUGUCUCAGUCACUGGCAGAAUCCGUCAGUGGGCGUUUCUUGAACCUCUUCCAGCAUGGAAGUUCUUUGACGCCAAGUCUCCUCCUACUCUCCCUGCGCGGAAGCCUUCUGCGCAGGGAGGGUGUGGGCAGCGGAGUACCCGUACUCUCUCCGCUGGUCUCCGGCGAGGAGUCUUGGAGCCUCCUCUCCGAUUCCCCCAUCUGCCCCCCUUCUCUACUGGUGUUACGCUGAUUUCCUUCCCCAGCAGAUGGGCUGCCUCUCUCCCUACUGGGACCCUCUCCGGCAUCCCUCUGGAGACUUCUCUCCGCCUCUAGCUCCGAUGGCAGUUCCCUGACAACUCCCUUUAAGGAGUCUCAAAGCGGCUAACAUUCUCCUUUCCCUUCCUCCCCCACAACAAACACUCUGUGAGGUGAGUGGGGCUGAGAGACUUCAGAGAAGUGUGACUAGCCCAAGGUCACCCAGCAGCUGCAUGUGGAGGAGCGGAGAUGUGAACCCGGUUCCCCAGAUUAUGAGACUACCGCUCUUAACCACUAUACCACACUGGCUCUCAAUAUGCAGUCAUACCUUGGAUCCCGAACGCCUUAGCUCCCAAAAAAAUCAGCUCCCAAACGAUGGAAACCCGGAAGUGAGUGUUCCAGUUUUUGAACGAUUUUCGGAAGCCAAACAUCCAGCGCAGCUUCCAUGGCUUCCAAUUGGCUGCAAGAGCUUCCUGCAGCCAAUCAGAAGCCGCGUUUUGGUUUCCGAACAUUUUGGGAGUUGAACGGACUUCCGGAAUGAAUUCCAUUCGACUUCCAAGGUACGACUGUAUAGGAGCAUUUGAAAGAGGCAACCUACUCAUCCAACACUCAUGACUGUACGUCAGAUGAAAUAAAAUCAUUGUUUUUUAACACAUGCAGGUUAACAAUGAGCUGAAAUAGUCUAUAGGCCAAAUAUUUGGCCCUUGCAACUUACUCAGGACUUUUAAAAAAUCUGAAUCCAUUAUUAUUAUUAUUAUUAUUAUUAUUAUUAUUAUUAUUAUGCCACUCUAUACCUGCAGGUCUCAGGGUGGCUCAGGUGAUAUAAUCGCAAUAUAAAAACACAGAAUGCAUAAUAAAAAUAAAAAUAAAAACAAGAACAACCCAAUUUAAAAGGGCAUUGUCAGUCAACUACAGACCUGGCUAAAGAGGAAUGUUUUUGCCUGGUGCCUAAAGGCGUAUAUUUUCAUAAUCUUUGUCUGCUAAAGAGCUACUAUGUCCACCUGCUUGCAUCCUUCCCUAUCUCUUCAGUUUGGGCCAGGACUGUAGCAUAGUGGUGGGGCAUCUGCUCAGUCUGCAGAAGGUCCCAGAUUCAAUCUGUGGCAUCUCCAGGUAUUGUUAAGGGCCCACUGAUGACCCCGCAAGGCUAUUAUGAAGGUGGUGCUGUGACUAAAACAUGGAGUUGAUAUGUAGGAAAGCCAGGUUCAAGGCCCUGCUCAGACCUGCAGUUCCCUCUGCCUAAUCUACCUUUUUCAUAGGAGAGGAAUGGGAGGAUUAAAAAAAUCCAUGUAUGCUGCCCUGAGCUCCUGGGAACAAGGGCAAGAUUCAGUGACAAAUAGAAUCUACUCAGAGUGCUCUGCAAAUGAUUAAUAGCUGCUGUUCUGCAGCAGUCAUCUUCUCAGAACGGGAUUUUUACCUUCGUCUCUUGAUGCAAAAAAUACCCACAGUGUGGGUGUAGACUGGGGACACGAAAACACUGAUACUGAAUAUUCAUGGAGGCAAGCAAAUGUAGGCUUCUGAUUGGACAUCUUGCUCUCCUCAUCCCUGGCAUUGAGGAAUUAAUGCAAAGGAGAGUAGCCCAAUGUGGUUUGGUAAUGAAAUCCUUAAAAGAGAGCCAAAGAGAAUAACAGUUGUCCAAACGUUUUUUGAGGAAAAAAAGGUUUGCAAAGCCACAAAAAAAGCACCACAACCUUUUUUUGGUUUGCUGUUGUUCAAAAACCAUUUCACAAACUGUUUCGCGGCAGAAUUCAGCAGUGAAAUGUGUGGCAAUGUGCCAAGGCAUUGUGUGCGUGUUUCUCAGUCAGCUGAUGAAUAAUAAUAAGCUGGAGUGUGCUUGUUUCUUGUAUGAAGAAAUAGCUCUAUGAGGACACUUUUGUCUUUAGCGAAGAACCUGCAGCAGCAGCAGCAGCAGACACCUGCUCAGGCAUAGAAACACACACAGAAAAAUAAAAUAUGGAGGAUAUCAAAGGGUUGAUUCAAGAGGCAAAUUUAGGCGACAGGGGAAGGAACAUAAGGAAACAGGCACGGGGCUAUUGUGGUAUCUAAAUCGAAGUUCUCAUGAUGGGGAAAGUAUGACAAAUGUGAUUAAAGAUACAUUGAUAUGCCUUUUCAUGUGCUUUAGCAUGUCGCUGGGUUAACCUGCAAUCUCCUUUUCACUGCAUUUGAAAUAGAAGACUGCAGUGUAAGGGAAGGUAAUUGGAGGCAGCAAGGAGAGAGGGGUAUUUUAAAAGAAUUCACUUGAGUGAUAAGGAUAAGCUUGCUAAUAACAAUUAAGGUAGCUGGUACCUGAAAGCAGCUUGCAGUUAUAGAAGAAUUUCUCUUUGUUUUCAGUGUACAUGUUGCUUUUGGAGACUGGCAGUUACGAUCAGAUAAUCAACCAUGCAGUGGUUUCUUAUCAGUUUUGAAAGUUUAAUUUUGAAUUAACCUUUCUCUCUCUCUCCCCUCUUUCCUUUUAUAGUUAUUUUUAUACCAGAUUCUACGUGGUUUGGCAUACUGUCACAGGAGAAAAGUGCUACAUCGAGAUCUGAAACCACAAAAUCUACUAAUUAAUGAAAGAGGAGAAUUAAAACUAGCAGACUUUGGUAUGGAGUAAAUGGUUUGCUUCAUUGAGGGUGGGGGGGAAAUGUUCACUCUUUAGACUAUCUCUCAUAUAAUCACAUGCAAUUAAUUGUGCAUAUAUGCUCGAAUGUCCACAGUGCACAUACUCUAAGAACAUAAGAAGAACUUGCUAGAUCAGGCUGUUGGCCCAUCUAGUCCAGCAUCUUGUUGGCCAACCAGAUGCCAAUGGGAAACCCCCAAGCACCCCUAAGCUUUAGUUCAGUUUGGUUAAGCAGCUCUUCCUGCUUUGUCAGAGAAACUUAGGAGCUACAUAGCUCCUAUGGUUUUGAAGUUUGCCAGAGCUCUAUCCUGUUGUUCAGUAGCACAGGGACUGCACAGUUAUUGGGAGCCUCAAAAACCACCCUUUGGAAGCAUUAAUAUAAUAAUAAUAAUAAUAAUAAUAAUAAUAAUAAUAAUAAUAAUUUAUUUAUACUCUGCCCAUCUGGCUGGGUCCCCCCAGCCACUCUGGGCGGCUUCCAACAAAACACUAAAAUACAAUAACCUAUUAAACAUUAAAAGCUUCCCUAAACAUUAAGGGAAUUAAGCAUUAAGUCACUCCUCAGAGCUAUGAUUAAUUCCCUGUCCUUGGGUACAGAGCAGAAAAGCACUUACAAGCAUGCGUAUUUCAGCAAGUUGUAUAAAUCUGGCUAACCUCCCAUUCAGAUGCUGCUGACCUACAAACUCCAUCCUCUCUGGCCAUUGGCCAUGCUGGCUGGGGCUGAUGGAUGUUUGGACUUGUCCCCCCACCCUUGCUCUGAUUCUUCUACUUAGUGUGUUCAGCAGGAUCUUCUGAACCACACAGAAUGUCUGUAGAAGCACCGAUGAAAGCACAGAUGAUAUCUAUACAGUGCAAUAUAAUAUGAAAUGAAAUGCCAGGAGGCUUCAGAAGAGCUACAGGAAACUAAUGUGACACUUUCUCAUUGAAGGUUUGGCUAGAGCAAAAUCUGUCCCUACGAAGACCUAUUCCAAUGAGGUUGUCACAUUAUGGUAUAGGCCGCCUGAUGUUCUCCUUGGAUCUUCCGAAUAUUCAACGCAAAUUGACAUGUGGUAUGUCUUUCUCAAUUACUAACCCAUGUUUGCUUUCAGUGAAAUUAUACCUCCUACAUGUGAAUACGAAACUCAGUAAUAUUGCAGAGUGUUCUUAAACAUUUCAAAGCACUUCUUUAGUUUACAGCAGCAGUGGAGGGAGGCAGGCAAAGAAUAGAAAAAUAUAUUUUAACCUGGGUUUAGUUGUAGCAAAUUACUUAAGAAAUCAACUCUGCAAAGGUUUCCCUACUUAGGAACUCUAAAUGUCAGUAGUGAGACUGAUUGAGAUCCAUCAGGUGGAGAAAACUCCAUGCAUGCAAUUUUUGCCAAUUGGUUCUUCUGGAAGAAAGAGAAUGCAGUACCUUAUUUUAUAUUAUUGUUGUUUUGCUCUUACUGGCAUGACUAGCAGUAUAUGGGUAGGUCAAGAAAGCCAAGUUGCAUUUAAGUACAACUAGACUGGAAACCAGAAUCAGUAUUUUUGAACUGUCAUUUAAUUUUUUUCUGUCUGUAGGGGAGUUGGAUGCAUAUUUUUUGAAAUGGCAUCUGGAAGACCUCUAUUUCCCGGGUCAACUGUUGAAGACGAAUUGCACUUAAUUUUCAGACUUCUAGGUAAAUAGAUUUCGCUUAGCUUACAGUUAUGGGGUUGUCAUGCUUUCUUAGAGGAUUUCUGAAAGUGUUCCAUAAAGAGCGGUACUUUUAAUUUUUGCAAAUUAAUCUACAAUUUUAUUGUAUUAUUUAGUUGCUUGCUUACCAUCUCUUCUUUGUUGAAGGGUGGGGGAACUUUGGGUUCAGAUGCUAUGUUUAAUUGCUUGCAUUUUGUUAGUCCAUGUAUGGGUGUGAUUUGUUUUCUCUUUCAACUUAGGAACUCCAUCACAAGAAACGUGGCCAGGCAUUACUUCCAGUGAUGAAUUUAGGAACUACAACUUUCCCAAAUACAAGCCACAGCCUUUAAUCAACCAUGCUCCAAGGUACUACAGUUAUUUUAUGUUGUGUUUGGAGACACUGGAACAUGUUAACAAAUCUGUCUGGGUACAUAGCAUGAAAAUAUCAAUUUAGAAUCUAAAGCUAAUUCUUCCCCAAUGGACUAUAGCACUUAGAUUAGCCGUAGUAGGUAGGUAGUAAAUUUGUAAAAUAUCUGCCUUCUAAUAAACUGGCAGUGACUAACCAGGAACAAGACCUUGGGGUCAUAGUAUGUAACUCAGCGUGCAGCAGCUGUGAAAUAUGGCUAAUUCCAUAUUAGGAAUCAUUAGGAAAGGAAUUGAAAAUUAAACUGUCGAUGUCAUAAUGUUGUUAUAUAAAUCCAUUAUGUAACCACAUUUGGAAUAUUGUGUACAGUUUUGGUCGCCUUACCUUAACAAGGUACCUUAACAAGGAGGGACGCGGGUGGCGCUGUGGGUUAAACCACAGAGCCUAGGACUUGCCGAUCAGAAGGUUGGUGGUUCGAAUCCCCGUGACGGCGUGAGCUCCCGUUGCUCGGUCCCUGCUCCUGCCAACCUAGCAGUUCGAAAGCAUGUCAAAGUGCAAGUAGAUAAAUAGGUCUGGUGGGAAGGUAAACGGCGUUUCCAUGCGCUGCUCUGGUUCACCAGAAGUGGCUUAGUCAUGCUGGCCACAUAACCCAGAAGCUGUAUGCCGGCUCCCUCGGUCAAUAAAGCGAGAUGAGCGCCGCAACCCCAGAGUCGGUCACGACUGGACCUAAUGAUCUGGGGUCCCUUUACCUUUACCUUAACAAGGAUAGCUUGGAGUUGGAAAAGGUUCAGAAAAGGGCAACUAAAAUGAGGGCGGAGCAACUCUGCUUUGAAGAAAGGUGGCAGCUUUCAUGUCACUUUUAGUUUAGAGAAAAGGCGAGUAAGGAAAGGCGACAUGAUAAAGGUUUAUAAAAAUGAUGCAUGGGGUGAAGAAAGUGGAUAGAGAAAACAUUUCCUGCCUGUUCCAUAAUGCUAGAACUCCAGGAGAUCCAGUGAAGCCGAAUGUGGGAAGUUUCAUAUAGAAGAAAGUGCUUUAUUUAAAUACAGCACCUAAUUAAAGCUAGGGAGCUUGUUCCAACAGGAGGCAGUGAUGGCCACCAACUUAGAAGGCUUUAAAUGACUGGGCAAAUUCAUGGAAGAGAAUGGCUAUUACCACCAUGAUGGCCGCACUCUUUCUCCCCAGCUAGAGGCAGUGGGGCUUGUGAAUACCUGGAGGCCACAGGAGGGGAGGGGGCUCUUGUACUCAGAUCCUGCUUGGGGGUUCCCCACUGUGGGCCACUGUAAGAGCAGGAUGCUGGACUUGGCCUGAUCCAGCCGGCUUCUGCUAUGUUCUUAUGUUCUCUAAUCAUAACAAAUACCUUUUUGUCCCUUAUGAUAAAAUGGGAAUGAACUCGUUUCUAGAACUUAAGCUUUAUUGAAUUUAAGACGAAGCAUAUAAUGGAAUGCGUUUUAUGUUUCCUGGUUUUUCUCAUCGUAUUUGCCUUACACAUGCGUGUGGAGGCAGAGUCUAAGCACAGGCUGAAGGUAGCCUUAUAUAAUAAUGCAAUUUUUUAAAAAAGAAUAUCUGCCCAACAUACCUUGAUGGCAGCCACUCUUAUCAUAUGCCCAUUCAUCCUGCCGUUAGCUUUAGAGUUAAAAACAAUAUACUGGAUGGGCAUAUUGGCAGAGGAGCGUUGUUAGUGGAGUUGCAUAAUUAGGGUCUCAUAGUCCUUGUUUGUGUAUAAUUUGUUUUUUAUUAUAGCUCCACUUCUUGAGUGAUUUGAAAUUUGCAGAGAUCUCUCUCCACUGAAAACACGUACACAUCACUUCAGUUGUUAGAUUCUGCUUGAAGCAAUGUUUUAGGAAUGCAUAACUAUUACCUGCUAAACUUUGUUUUGUUUGUUUCCAGGCUUGACUCAGAAGGAAUUGAACUGAUAGUAAGAUUUCUUCAGGUAAGCUGCUUUUCAUUUUUAUUUUUUUUACUCUUUAGACAUCUGUACUGAGCUUUUCAGAUGAACACUGAAAAUUGAGUUCCGUGGGUUACUUGGUGGGUGAUAAGAGUACAAAAUUGAAUGUGUGAUCAGUUCAAACAUGGGCAAGGACACUGGCCAAUCAAAUAAAUAAAAAAUUUAAAAAUGGUUUAAUUGACAAGGGUUCUUUGCCCCUUGUUGGAAACACUUUUGUGCAGUGGUGGUGGCCUCCCUUCAAAUUUUAGCUGCUCAGUGUUGAGAUGAUGUGUGGAGUCAGUAAUAGGCUGGAAAAGGACCAAUGAACAUGAUGGAAGUACUGUGUGUAGGUGUUUCAUCUGACUUGGGAGUAAGGGAUGCACUCCCUCUACAUAACGGUUUGUUUGUUUGUUUGUUUGUUUGUUUGUUUAGCUUUGGGUACAUUCAAAUUUGGCUUUCUCUUUGAAAGCUUAGGUAGCUUCUCUGAUGUGAAGCAUCUUUGACUUGUCACUGGUGUACCAGCCGAAGCCCUUACUAGACAUAGUACAGAGGUAGUGUAGCUGUGGUUAUGCACAUGUUGGUAGUAUCUCAUUUAUGUUGUGGUCUUAUAACCUGGGAGAAAAGCCCAUUGAACUUCAUUGGACUUGCUUCUGCAGAAACACGUUUAGGAUUGUAGUAUUAGAGCUGCAUUGGUCCUAAGCGUGAAGAUUGCUUCAUUUGGUAGAAGAAAUACCGCAGAAAUACUGAAUGGACUAAAGAGGACACAGCUUACCUACCACACUUGAAAGAACUGCACUAGCUAUUAGUCUGUUUUUGAGUACCACUCAAAGAGUUUGCAUUUAAAUCCCUACUCAAAGCAUGUGUGCAAAAACUCAGCUAUGAUCCGGGAGAAAAAAAAUUCUGUUUGCUUUAACAGUAUGAAUCAAAGAAAAGGAUUUCAGCAGAAGAAGCUAUGAAGCAUGCGUAUUUUAGAAGUCUUGGAACAAGGAUACAUGCCCUGCCAGAAAGUAAGCAGACCACUCUUGUCGUUGAUGUUAGUUGGGCAUUUGUUUGAGUGAGGUGACAACUUACUUCCCUUGUUUCUGAAUGUUCCUUGGAUGAUUGUUCCUUAAACCACUAACAUCUCUUAAGGCAGCACUGAGUCAAAAAGUUGUGUCUACUAGAGUCUGGUAGAGUAGGACUUCGCAGUUGUUGACACCUCACCCAAACUUUAGACAGAACUUUCUCUCACAUAUGCGAUCCUUGCCUCUAUCAGGGUCAAUAAAGCUUAGGCUCUUAAGUCUCCCUGCUCUUGUCCUGCUGCAUUUGAAGGCAGCAGUGGGGAAAAUAUCUAUUAUUCCUUUCUCCCUAUCAUUUUUUGAUUCCCUUUCAUAAUCUCUUCAGUGUGAGGAGCACCAUUAGUAGUUCUAGGUAAAGGGACCCCUGACCAUUAGGUCCAGUUGUGACCGACUCUGGGGUUGUGGCGCUCAUCUCGCUUUAUUGGCUGAGGGAGCCGGCGUACAGCUUCCAGGUCAUGUGGCCAGCAUGACUAAGCCACUUCUGGUGAACCAGAGCAGUGCACAGAAACACCGUUUACCUUCCCGCUGGAGCUGUACCUAUUUAUCUACUUGCACUUUGACGUGCUUUCAAACUGCUAGGUUGGCAGGAGCAGGGACCGAGCAACGGGAGCGCACCCCGUCGCGGGGAUUCGAACCACCAACCUACUAGUAGUUCUAGCGCUCCUCUAAAACUCCUUCAUUCCCCCCCAGUAUUUGCUUCUUUCUAACUCCAUAUGGCAGUCAUUGUGGUUUUUUGCAGCUUCUGAGCACAGUGUAUGUUUCUAGAAAAGAGGCUCUUAAGUGGGGAAAAAGACACUUCUUUAUAUUGUUUCAGGUGUGUCAAUAUUCACUCUGAAAGAGAUUCAGCUUCAGAAAGAUCCUGGCUUUCGAAACUCCACUUAUCCAGAGACGGGUACGUAAGCGUCAAAGAAUUUUUGUUGUUGUUUUUCAGGUCUGCGGUAGCUGGAGGGCUAGGAAACUGUAAAAUCGACACCUUGUAAAUGAAUACUUGGAAUUAUUUGGAUUCCUCAAUCGCAUGCUGUGUUUUUUAGCAUUUUGAAAGUACAGAGUUUUUGCUUACGAAGUAAGCUUGGAGAUGCCUGCACAGGUUCAUUUCACAAAGAAGUGAUAGGGUUGCUAUAGGAAUAAAGCCAUACAGAAACUGCAUCGCUUCUUUGCAUGUCUGUUGCGAUGCACAAGCGUUCUGGCAUCAUGUGCUGCAGUGGUUGGUAGGAGCCAUAAACUUUGCUCAGAUUCCUUUAUACAACCCAUGUUUUAUGUUUCAGGGCAUGGAAAGAACAGAAGGCAAAGCAUGCUGUUCUAGAAGUCGACCACACAGUUUCCAAGCCCAAGGCUGCCUUGCACCUAUCGAGGACUCUAUAGCCUGAAGGCAGUUCCUUCCCUUGGUGGACUUGAAAUCUUGUUUGUCUACACUGUCCUCCUCACAGUGCAGUCUUUUUAUUUCAGACCUGCUGGUUAUGUUUUUAUAUUUGUUGUCACAGUGUGACAAAUUUUUGUACAGUCAAUUUUACGGUCUCCUCUGCCAUUAGAGCCAGUAGGUUACAACUGUUAAUGUAACAGUAGCUGCAAUUUUUGUGCAGGACUGAGAAACACAGUGCAUUAUUUAUUGCGGAAUCAUUGCUGCUAAAUAACUACUGUCUGUAUAGUUAACAAACAAUUGAACACCUGCAGAAAUUGCAGUGGCUUUAUAUAAUAUGUGAAUGCAUCUGUUUCUCCAUGAAUUAUUGCUGCAGUUUUAUAUCUUAUCUUAUCUUUUCUUUUUUUUAACUGCAAUGUUUCCUGGAAUGUAAACAAAGCUUUCUUGACUGUUAAAUAGGUAAAUUUGUCUUUUAAUGCUCUUAAAUUCAUGGCCCUUCAACUUCUUAUUUAAUAUUAGAUGUAAAGUAACAAAACUUAAUACAAAAGACCUUUUUUCAAAGCACUUAGUACUGACGUUGAUCUGAAGAAGUGGGGAAAAAACAGUUCCUUUUGUUACAUGCUAUCAGGUUCCAUGUCUAUUAGUGAGGAUUGGCUUACAAAUUGAAGCUUGGUAUUAUUCUUGAUGUUUAUUGAAUGACUAAAAACAAAACGAUGGGAGCCGGGCGUCCCAGCCCCAUGCUUUCAUGGCUGUUCAGUGUCAACAUAUUUUCUGGAAAUCCACUGGAAGAAUGCAAGUCCAUACUAGAGAAGUCCAUCACUCUGCAUUGCAGACUUUGUAAAGCAUGAGAACUUAGAGGGUUUUAAAGAUCUUAGAUGUUAUCUGUUUUUUUUGGAGCUAGUCAACAUGUUACUACUAAGCUUAUGCAUCUCAGUGAGUAUCAUAAAUACCUCCUGGUGAUAGUAACAGUAUUUUUAAGCAUUUGUGUUCCCCUUUCUGGACCUAUUUGUUUAGUGCAUCUUCAAGAGGCUGUAAAUCUUUAUUGGUAUAUUUUGAAAUGGUUAUGUAAAUCUUUGGCUGGUAUAUCAUGAAAAUAGUCAUAGAUAACUUAAUUUUUUUUCCUGAAGUUCACUGUAAAACAUUCAGGGGUCCUACCAUUUCUGUUCAGGAAAUCUUGUAGUUUAUUAUUGUUAUUUAACAGUAUUAAGUGAAAAAAAUAUUUUGUAUGUUCCUUUAACUUUAUUUGUGAAUAGUGAUUGUGGCAUGUUUGGGGAUGUUUUAUUAAUAUUUCAUGAUACUAGUAAAUUGAAUUUGGGAACUUUUUUUUUUUAAUUUUCUGGAAGAGAUGACAAAUUCAUGUGUAAUGGUGACUAUUGGACCACUGCUGCUUUUCAGCAUUUGUAAGCUGGUUUUACGUUAAAGAAGCCCUGUAGAGCUAACAAACUGCUGUUAUUUCUAACUGAUGGACCUGUAUUAAUAUUGUACUUUUGAAAGUAUAAAUAUUAUAUGGAAAAUCCUCAAUUGUGUUUGGAUGUUUUAUGACAAGCGUUCUGCUAAAUUGAUUCAGUGAAGUCUGUGCAUAAACGAGUUUGUUCAUGUAGAUGAGAUGUAGAAAGGACUUAAUGCCCUGGACAGACGCCUGCCAAACAUGCAUUAUUGCAUUGUGAUCCUUCCUUGAAAGAAUCCUAGGUCAGGUUCAUGCCAUGUUUUGUUGGAUUAGGAAAGUACUGUGUCCAAUCCUGGUUCGUAGGGAGCACUCAGACCAGAGCACUCAGACACCUUGGCUCAGCAAACUGUGGCUUGAAAAAACAGGAAUUAUUGUAUUAAGCUGGACAUGCAAGUGGAGGUGGAUUGCGCAACAGUAAGCAAGAGAAUGCAGGCGUGCAGUAAAUUCCAGGUCCAACAAACCAUUUUUAUUAAACCAUGAACAUGUCCGAUCCAGGCUAUACUUUUCUGUUGUGUUCACUGUUUCUGAAUCCAAGGCAUUACAGAAUUACAAGGACUGGUUUUGUACAAAGCAUGGUGAAUUCAAUGUAGCUGGUUAUGUGUUGGUUACUUUAUGCCAGUAAUAAACGUAACAGUAGAUUCCAAUGAUG